AUGGAGCCGACGGGACCGACGGGAAGUUCGUGUGGUACGUUCUCGUCGCUGGACGAGCUGCAGCGCCAGCUGAACGAAGAUUUCGCUCAAUCCAUCGGACCAACGGCGGCCGGGGCGGCCGGGGCGGCCGGGGCGGCCGGGUCGGCAGGGCCAUCCCAAGCGUCAGGAUUAACGGCGACCACCAUCAGCACCAUCGUUCUGCAGGGUGGCCCACUUCAGCUGGUGGUGGCGAUUCUGAAGAGCGGAGAAAAAUGCUUCAUAAAGGUAGCGGACCUGCUGCCAAAGUUCACAUUUCUUGGCCCUAGCCUCGACGAUGCGCUCAAACUCCAGAAUCAGCAAGAUGAGCUGCUGCACCAGAUACAGAACCUGCCCACGCCGCUGGAGGAGUUCUAUCGAAAGAUACAGGAGAAGAUUGCAUCCAACGAAAGACCCAACCCGACACUGAUAGAGGAGAUGGCCUCGUCGCUGAAUGCCGUAUGGCACGACAUCAAACGGCUGCUGGCCGAGCGUCGAGAGAUCGUGACGCUGAACGUGAGCUUCUUCGAGCGGCUCGGUGAGGCGUACGGCAAGAUGGCCUCGCUGGAGGUCGCCUGCAACGACACGAUGAUCCCGAUCGAGAUCGAGGCCGUGCGGGAGUUUCUCGAAUCGUUCCGCACGCUGCGGGGCGAUAUGCUAAACAGCAUCUCGGCCACCCUCAAGAUUGGCAACCAGAUGCUCGACCGAUUGCGGGUCCUGUCCGAGAUCGGAACGCUCGAUUCGCGUCCGAACCACAUCAAACUCGAUGCCAUACAGGCCACCGGGCAGGUGGAAGCGUGGCUGGAAGAUCUCUCGAACCGGCGCAACCAGCUCGAGCAGGCGUGGAUCUCACGCAAGACCCAGCUCGAGCAGUGCCUUACGCUGGCCAUCCUGGCGAAGGAGCUCGAGGACAUCGAGCAGUGCCUGAACCGGGUCCGGAGCCAGAACCUCAGCUCGUUCACGCUCGGUGAAUCGGCCGAACAGGCACGCGAUCUGCUCGAAACGUACCAGAGCCUCAAACCGGAGGCUGCGCUGCUGCGGGACAAAUCGCUCAAGAUCACGAAGGCCACCGAGGAGCUGCUGACGGGCGGGUGCUUCGCGGGCGAUGAAGCGUGCGCCAAGGCGUACAGUGUGCUGAACGCUUGCUCGGAACACCUGGAGGAGAUUGAUCACCGCGAAACACUGCUCGCAUCGUCGCGCGAGUUCUUCGGCCGAGCGGUAGCGAUCCUCAAGAAACUGGACCAGCUACAGCUGGAGGCCGGAAGCGCACAGAUGCGCCCCUCGUCACCGAAUGACCUGCCACUGCACCAGAAGCUUCUGCAGGAGAUUCGCGAAACGAUCGGUGACGUACUGCAGGCGGGUUACUCGCUGGUGGACGACGUGGGACGUACGAAGCCCGAGGUGGCCGGUGUGCUGGCGAUGAUCGAGCGGAUCGAGCAGCGUAAGCUAGACUUCGAACGGCACUGCAACGAGGAGAGCGAACGAACCGUGCGGGCAUCGCAAGCCCUGAACGAGUUCUUCGAACGGUACGGUCAACUGUACGCGUGGUUGGAGGAGGCACGGGAAGAACGCAUUGUCCGGGGAAGCGGUAUCCACCGGAUGGGUGACACUCUGCUCGAGGCCAAAGAGUGUUUGCUGUUGCACCAUCAAUUUCUGAACGAUUUAGAGAUCAAAGGCAACGCUAUAAAUAACCUGCUCGUCCGGCUGACCCCGAGCCUGGAGCAUCUGGCCGACGGGCAGCGCGAUGACGUGCAGUGCAAGAUCGAUCGUCUACGCCAGCGGUGGAUCGAGCUGAAGAACUACGUCAUCGAGCGGGUCGACCGGCUGAAGCUGUACAUCAAGUUCCACCAGGAAGCGGAAACGGUGCGCAACCAGUUCGACGCCUACGCCAUCCAGUUCGCGACGUUCAAGGACAACCCGGCCGACCACGCGCUCAUCCACGCCGCGACCGCCAACAUCCACCAGACGCUCGAGAGCCUGCGCACGAUCGGCGCUCAGUUUGUGGAGCAAUUGGAAAAGAUUGUGGACCCAUACUUGCAGAAAUCGCGCGCAGCGCAGUACGUCGAGCGAACGCUCGCCGAGUUCGCCGAUCGUCAGUUGGCGAUCAGUAAUGAGUGGGACAGCUGGAACGCUCGACGGCGCACGGAGACCACUCUGAAGGAAAUCAUGACCGCCAAUAUGGAGACACUGGCUAUGGCGUCGAAGCUGGAGGAGCAACUGUACCCGGUGUUCAGCACCGCGCUCGACAAUCCGGCCGAUCUGAUGGACUUUAUCGGACGCAAGCGGACCCAGCUGCAGGCGGAUGUUCGGGCUGCCGAGCUCGAUCUGACGCACCGGUUCGAUACGAUCAAUCAGCUGGAGGCCGCCGGUACGUCGUCCGGUGGUGUCGUCGUAGAGGAUGUGGUGGCCGUGAAGAACAAUCUCAACUCCAUCAAAACUCGGCUCCACUCGAUGGCGGCCGAUUUCAGCGAGCUGACGGGGGCGAUCGAACAGUUCCUCUCGUCGAUCGUCCGGUGCCGUGACAGCAUCAAGGAGUACUUUGCUACCAAGCAAACGGUGACCGGGCCGGGAAGUGUCGAAGCGAUCGCCGAGGGUUACGAGCAGUUCAAACAGGCCACCAUGGAGCACUUCCGUGGGUUGCUACAGCAGAGCGAGCAGAUCAUCGAGCGAGUGAAGGCCCAGGAACCACCUGGUGCAAAGGAAAUGGAUACGGACAAGAUCAUCACGCUGCUGGAGAACCUGCGGACGUACUUUGAGUCACAGACCGAAUCGGAGAACUGUGAGCUAAAGAAGCAGCACAACGUGUUGGCGUUUGAUCGCGAACUGAACGAGGUGCGGGCCACCAUCCGUGGUGCUGUCGAGCGGCUGGACUCACAGCGGGGCCAGUUCGGCGAGAGCGUGCCCGAGGCUCAGGAAAGCCGGGUGGCCUUCGAGCAACAAGCAGCCGCUUGGCAGGAACUGCAGCAGCGCGUCGACACGUUCAUCAGUUCCGGGGCGGAACUCGUCCGGCAGUACCCGGAGACGAGCCCGUACGUCGACUCGGAGACACAUCGAAUCCGUGACGAGUGGAACGAGUUGCGGCGAAGGAUCGAGGAACAUCGGCAGCUGUUCGCCGUCGCGAUCGAGUACUUUGAGCUGGUCGGGCAGGUCGAGAACAACUAUCGCAACCUGAACGCGGACCUCAUCAACGCCAACAACAAGCUGACGAUCCUGAACAACGUGGAUGUGGCGAACGAUCUGGUGGCGCAGGUUGACGGUACGAUCCGGGCCAACGAAACGCCCCAGCUCGAUGCCCUGAAGCGCAUUUCGGCCCUGUCAACGCAGCUGUACCGACAGGAUAAGACGGUCACGAUCUACACCGAAAACACGAAGCUGUUCCAAACGUUCUACAAAAUCAAAAGCGAAGUAUACGAACGGGUCAAGGAGCUGUCGGAACAGCAGCAACAGCGUGAGCAGCAGCUACGGCAAGAGCAGGAGCAACGUGAAGUGGAACAGCAGCGCCUGGAGCAGCAGCAGCGGGAGCUUGAACAGCAACGGCUUGAGCAGCAGCAGCGAGAACAGGAACAACAGCGACUCGAACUACAGCGGCUCGAGGAGCAACAACGGGAGCAGCAACGUCUAGAGCAGCAACGCAUUGAACAACAGCAACGUGAGCUUGAGCAGCAACGUCUCGAGCAAGAGCAACGUGAACAGCAGUUGUGGCUCGAGCAACAGCAACGCGAGCUUGAGCGGCAACGCCUCGAGCAGCAACGCCUCGAGCAACAGAUACGAGAACAAGAGCAACGGCGGCUUGCGGAGCAACAAGCUACCGUUGUUGAGGACGUCAAGAUCACCACGACCACCAGCACCACCACGUCACCGCACGGCGGGUUGCCACACCAGCAGCAAUCGUUCGACGUGCAGACCGUCGACGAGGCGCAGUACCUUCAGGAACCGCAGCCCCCGCUGGUGAUCCAAACGGUCGAAGAGCAGAUUCAUAAGCAAAUCCACGAAGUCUUCAGCACAAUCACGGCGUUGACAACGGCCGGGACCGUUCCGUCGUCCUCGCCGCCGGAAGUGAGCCUACGCGUCGUGCAACCGCUGGCCGAUGUGUGCGUACAGGAAGGGCAACGGGUGCGCAUGCAGUGCGUGAUCGCGGGCCAUCCGGUGCCGAUGGUCGAGUGGUACAAGAAUGGCGUCAGCGUACACGGCAACCCGGACUAUCGGACGGGCUUCGAUCCGACGAGUGGCGUCUGUACGCUGGUGAUCGACGAAACGGUGACGGCCGACAGUGCCGAUAUCCUGUGCCGGGCAACGAACGAGGCCGGUGUGGCCGACACCACCGCCAGGUUGUGGGUAACGGAGGAGACCUCAUCGCCGGCAGUGCGACCAUCCGGGACGGCGCCCUCCUUUACGAUGCCCCUGCUCGAUGGUGGCGUGGCUCAGGAAGGACAACCGUUCCAGUAUGAUUGUGUCGUUGCCGGGAGCCCAGUCCCUGCGGUGCACUGGUACAAGGGCGAUCGCUGUAUCGAUGGAUCACCCGACUACCGCCAGGCGUACGAUCCGGCGUCGGGUGUGGCGUCACUACGCAUCGAGCAGGUUUACCUCGAGGACCAAACACACUACACGUGCCGGGCGAUCAACGAUUGUGGUUCGGACCAAACGAGUGCAUUCCUCACGGUCAAACCACUGGAACCGACCGAGUUCCCGGCGUUCCCGGAGCCCCUGUCGAACGUGAUGGCCCGCGUCGGGCAGAAGAUACGGCUUGAGGCGCGCGUCACCGGCACCCCGACACCGGAGCUGCGCUGGACCCACGACGGGAAGCCCUUCACGAACCGUGAAGUGAAAUUCCUCCACGAAAACGGGCGAGCGCAAUUGGUGAUAGACGAGGCGUUCCUGAAGGAUGCUGGUGUCUACACGCUGACCGCCCAGAAUCUCGCCGGUGAACAGUGCUGCUCGUGCGCGGUGGUGGUCAAGGGUCGACCGCCGAACGAAACCAGUGACUCGGAGGUGGGCGAGGUGGCACCAGGACCAGGAGGUGCUGCUGCCGGUGGCGGCGAUAUGGAGCCGGUGAAGCCGGCCAUUCAGUUGCCCCUGCGCGACGUGUCGGUGUUCGAGGGCAAACCGGUGCGGCUGGACUGUGUGAUCGUGGGCCAACCGGAGCCGGAAGUGAUCUGGUACCACGGUGAGCGGCCGGUGAAGGAGUCGGCCGACGUGCAGCUGCUGUUUCAGGGCGACCGCUGUUCGCUCGUGAUCCGCGAGGCAUUUUUAGAAGACGCGGGCCCGUACCGUGCCGUCGCUAUUAAUAGCGCCGGGGAAGCUGCGAGCCAGUGCGCGGUGAUGGUGACCCCGCUCAACACGGCCGACCCGGCCGUCCGGCCGCAGCCGCCCGUCGAGGGCGCCACCACCACCACCGUGGUAACCUCACCGGCUGUGGCCGCCACGGGAGCGACACCGCCCCGGUUCGAGCGGCUCCUGGCCGACAUCCUGGCGGACGAGGGCGACAAGGUGCAGUUCGAGUGUGCGGUAAGCGGUAACCCACGGCCCAACAUCCGGUGGUACGUGAACAAUCGUGAGAUUGCGGCCGACACACCCCGGGUCCACUGCGUCGUGCGGGACGAUGGCGUCGUAAAGCUCGUCCUGGAGCAAGUCCUGCCGGAUGAUAAGGGCGUGUACACGGUGAAAGCCGUGAGUCCGGCCGGUGAGGCCAAGUGCUUCUCGAACCUGAUCGUACGCUCGGUCAAUGCGCCCGAAUUCGAGACGGUGCCAGCCCCGGCAACCGAGAGCCAGGUGUGCCCCACGUUCCGGCAGCUGUUCGCCGAUCGGGUCGUGCGUCUUCACGAACCAACCAAGUUCGAGUGUAUCGUGACCGGGAAGCCACAACCGAAGGUGCGCUGGUUCUUCAACGACCAGCCGGUCCAGGGACACGAUUUCCUCGUGUCGACCAGUGGCGAUCGGCAGUUGCUCACCAUCCCGGAGGUACGCCCGGAGCUGACGGGGAAGAUUACGUGCCUGGCCGAGAGUGAAGCGGGCCACGCGCAGUGUGUCGCGAUUUUGCAGCUGCUGGAGCAGCUGGGAGGAACUAUGCCGACGCUCCCGGAACCACUCGGUGAGUCGAUGCAACAGGUCGACACGACCGGAGCCUCGUGCGUGACGUUCCAGAAGCACGUCACCAGCUCCUCUAGCUACUCAUCGUCGUCGCUGUCCAGCGUUCAGCAGAACGGGGUUCCGGUCGCUCACGAGGUACACGCCGAGUCAGCGAAGGUGGACCGUUCGUUCCAUCAGACGAACGACCAACCGGCGGAGAUCGCAGAGGCGAAGCAGUUCCAGCGGUACGAUCAGGUCAACGACCAGCCACCGGUUUCGGUGCAGCAGGAAUCGUCGAUUCGCGAAACCAUCAUCGCAAACUCGGGCCAGAUCAGCACGGGCAAGCCGGCCCGGCGCAACGUUGCACCGCGGUUCGUGGCCCCGUUUAACGGCAAGAUCGUCGACCAGGGGGUGGACGUGGUGCUGGAGGGCACCGUCGACGGGUAUCCGGCGCCUGAGGUGCGUGUCACCCGUAACGAUACCGAGCUGGUGCCGGAUGGCACGCGGAUCCUGGUGAACUACUCCCUGAACCGGCUCGUGGUGGAGCUCCGGAACGUGACACCGGCGGAUGCGGGCCGCUAUACGGCCACGGCCACGAACGCGGCCGGUGCCACCAGCUGCACCGCGGAUUUGGUGGUGAAAAAGUCCAUCUUUCCGCCCGUGUUCGGUCGGAGGCUCCAAGCGCAGACGGCCAGCCGGGGCGAUCGGGUCGUGCUGGACGUGGAGGUGACCGGUACACCGGAACCGUCCGUCGCGUGGCUCAAGGACGAUCGGCCGGUGCAGGAGGCACUCGCCCCUGGCAGCUACCACCUCCAGCAGGUUGGGCCGUGUGCCAGGUUGAUCUUCGAGCAGGUGACCCCGGGUGAGACGGGCCGUUACACGGUGCUGGCCCGGAAUGCGGGGGGCGAAGCGCAGAGCAUCGCCGACCUCGUGGUGCACGAGUGCGAAUCGGCCCUUCCGGCGCCGGCACCGUUGUCGUCCCAGAAGCACGUCUCGUUUGUUGACAUGGUUCAGCAGCAACAGCCAAAGUCGGGCGAACCGUUCGAUUCGAGCAGCAGCACCACCCACCAGGAGUACUCGAGCGAGGAGCGGCUGCUCGGGCCGCGGACCGAGUCGACGGUCGUCACCGAGACGCGCCGGACGACGGAGGCGACGAUGCGGAUGGAGCACAAGAUCGGGUUCCCCGAUCUGCCGCCCGUUCGCCUGUCGCAGCGCACCCAGACGCCCACCGUCGCGACGGUGUCCGAGGGCACGACCACGAAGCUGGCCGACGAUCCUGGUAGGGCGGCGACGGGCACCAACACCGAGCCGGUGGUGACCCGCUCGGACGCUACGCAAACGACACCAACACAGGCGCCGCAGCCCGAGCGCCAGCCGUCGUCGUUGCUGGCCGCUGCGGCCGCGGCCACCGAUCAGUCGAGACAGGAGAGUGGCAGCGCCCGCAGCUCGAUUGCGGACCGACGACCGAAGUCUUUCGAUCCACCGAAGGGGGCACCAGCAACGUCCGUCCCAGCUAAAGCCGAUUGUUCCGCAUUUCAGCCGAUCUACGCCCAGCAGCAGCAGCCCCAGCAGCAGCCCACGCCGCAGAUGUACUCGUCCUUCGCGUCGACGCAGCAGUUCCAGGCGUCCUCGACCGUCCAGCAGCACUCCUCGAUGCAGUACCAACCGUACCGACCGUCGAUGGUGGUGGAGCAGCCCUCGGCCCCGAUGGUUUACCAACCACCGGCCCCGGUGGUCCCAUCAUUUGCGGCUCCGCCGCCCACCCAGAGCUUCCCGCCGAAGGUGGCGCCGUAUCAGCCGACACCGGUCUACACGCCGGCACCGGCUCCGAUUCCCGCUCCGGCACCGGUCUUUGCACCGACGCUUCCGAAGCAGGAACCGGUGUCGGUACAGCACCACUCGCUGGCGACUGGCCCAGUGGCCACUCCGAACUUGCUGACCGGUCCGUCGUACAACCAAACGCCUCAGCCGUUCAAGCCGCUGCCACCGCCUUCGAUUACGCCCGGCAGUCUCCUGAACGCAUCGGCUCCCGUGGUGGACGGAUUCGGGAGCUCCCAGUCACUCCCAGUGCAGCCGCAGCCGCAGCCACCGGUAGCCGCUCAGUAUGUUGCGCCGCCGGAGGGUCCUGUGUCGCUGCCACCGUACCAGGAGCCGCUCUCGUUCGGGUCGUCCACCCGCCCGGUGGAACCACUGUACCCGGGCCAGCUGUCAUCUCAGCAGCCGCCACAACAGCCGGCUUACCUCUUCCAGCAGCAACAGCAGCAGCUACAACAGAUCCAGCAACAGCAGGAUUUGCUGCUUCAGCAGCAACAGCAGCACCUACAGCAGCUCCAGCAGCAGCAGCAGCAGCAGCAAUACUACGAAGAGCAACAGGAAGAAGUUUAUAAGAAGAUGUCGGUCAAGGAGACCAAGAAGCUGUUCGAGGAGACCUUGAUCCAGCAGCAGCAGCAGCAACAGCAGCAGUUGACGCACCAGCACCAGGUGUCGUACACCGACCUGAGGGCCCCGCGCAUGGUACAGUGCGCGGCGGCGACGCUACCGGCGGACUUUGGGUACGGGGCGAUUGCGGAGCUCGGUCUCGAGCCCGGACCCCAGCCAACGAUGGGCUACGCUCCGAAGGCGUCGAGCGAGCGCAAGAGCUCCUACUACCGGGAGCAGAUCGAGCAGUCCCUGCUGGAGAGCAUGGACAAGGAACCGGAACGCGUGCCGGCCGGCGGUGUCAAGAUUAUUCCGCCCAGCCCGCGCAAGAAGUCGAAACCGACGCCGGCGCCAGUGGCCGCGGCGGCACAAUCGGACAUACCGCCGGCGGGGGCCGGAACCGGAGCGCCUGCGCCGUUCGAGCAGCCAGCGGAGCCGCAGCAGCAGGGGGUCCCGGGGCCCAAGACCGGGGCCUCGGCGCUCGGCGCCAAGAGCCCGUUCACCGAGAGCGAGUACGAGAGCGACCUGGACGGUGGCAGCCGGAAGCUGAACGGGUACCUGGCCGACACCGAGGAAGUCCUGCACAAGUCGGUCACGUUCGCCGACCAAACGGAGGAGCAAAAGUUCGAGAGCUACUCGAGCAGCAAGGUAGAGACCCGCUCGACCCUCGUCACUAGCUCCGAAGUCGUACAGCAGCAGCAGCAGCAGCAGCAACAGGUGGUGGAGCAGGAAGCGUCGUCCACCGUCGGGCAGCAGCAGGAGCAGCUCAAGUCGGAGUCGGAAGUGACCGUCUCCACCGCGGAGACUGUUCAGGAGCAGCAGCAGCAGCAGCAGCAGGUUCGCAUUCGUCGCAUGUCUUCCGAGGCCGUCGCGAAAGAAACGGUUGAGGAGGGUGCCAAGAACUUUUUGGUGAACAACGAUCUGCCGGAGGAUCUGCAGCCGGUGAAGGUGUUGCCGACCGAGGAGCCGCUGCCGACGCUGAAGAAGGUUCCGGUACCGGCCGCCGUGCAGCCACCGGCGCUGGUGGACGAGCACCCGCAGUUGGUGCAGCCGGAAGUUCAGCCGCUGCCGCAAGUUCCGGAGCAGGUCGCUUAUCAGUCGCAGAAUGGCUACCCAGCAGCAGCACCCACCAGCCAGGUGGCCAGCGAGGUAUGGCGUCCACAGGAUGCGGGACCAACGGCGGCCGACGCAGUGGCGGGAGGCUACAAGCCAGUUCAGUUUGCGGUCCCGCCCAAGCACGAACAGCAGCAGGGCCCGGUGGCGACGGCGGUACCUCCGCCAUCAGUAUUCGAUCCCAUCGACAAAAUCCAAUCGAACCAAAUUCAAUACCCACUUGACACGCCAAAGAUUGAAAAGCCAAAGCCCAUCAGCUACGCCCAGCAGCAGCAGACCUCUUCGUCCGUCUAUCAGCAGCAGCAGCAGCAGCAGAGCUAUCAGCAGCAAUGCACGUACCAGCAGUCGUUCCCGCCGAACGAGGUCCAGCCGGCCGCCCAGUACUACACCUCGGUGACGGCUCAACCAGUCCACAGCAUGAUCGCCAGCGAGACGUCGCAGACGCUACAGAUGAAGGAGAUGUCCGAGAGCAGCAACCGGGUACUGAACGUACAGCAGACGCAGCAGCAGGUGGGAUACGGGCGGCCUCCGGGUCGCUUCACGCCCGGCGAGUACCGGGAUAGCGAUGGCUACGAUAGCGAUGGGUCACGUAUCCGGCCCCUCUGGACACCGCACCCGUCGGACAGUGACGAGCCGCACUACCGUAGCGUGCGGCCCAACUUCCAGCAGCCCCGCUCGACCUCGCUGCCGCGCCAGUACGAGCGCAUCCAGACGCCGAUGGAGUUCGACACGCUGCCGGUGCAGAUGCCGACCCGGAUCGCGGUGUCAGCCGUCGAGUCCGGCUCGUCGAAGCAGACCUUCGAAAGCUCCUCGUCGUCCAGCACGACCACCACCAUGAUGACGACCACGGAGAUGGUCCACAAGACCCAAACGCUGGACCGAUACUCGACCGCUUCCUCCAAGCGGCUCGCGACGACGCCCGUGCCGAACAUGCGCGACGAUAUGGCGGUGAAGGCACACCGGGUCGCACCGGUGAACACCGGCAGCAACAGCUAUGUCCAGCGGCAGGCCCAGGCGCAGGCCGACAGCAUGGCGCAGACGUUCAAGACGAAGGCGUACCACUUCGCCAACGAGGUGAUGACCGACAUCAAGAAGACCCCGAUUAAGCCCAUCCUGAAGAACGCGUACGGAGGCGCGAUGCCGUACGGAGCUGGUGCCCCGCCGCACUCUGCGCACUACGCCGCCGUUGCACCACCAGUGGCAGCAGCAGCACCACAACAGCAGCACCACCAACAGGUCGCCCCGCCACCGCAGGCCUACCGGGAGGAGUCACGAGUGUCGCAAUACGAAACGUCUUUCCUGUGCUACAAGGAACUACAACCCGCGGGAGCUAGUCCGUCCCAUCGAUCGAACGGAAGUCCCGGCGCUGGCCUUGACGAUGUAGACUCGCUCGAGAAAACGUACCGCUCCAUCUGCCUGAUACAGACCUGUGAAGUUGGUGGCCACGCGAGCCCAGCGCUCAGAAAAUCGCUGGUGCGCUUCAAGAUCUGCGGGAAGUUACGCUGCAGUGCGCAGCCCGAGCGCAGUCCCCCCGUCUACGGUGUACCGGUGACCCCUGCCCCAACGGUCGUCGCGCCCGUCACGCCCGUCACCGCCGGUGACUACUCGCCGCCGGUGUUUGAGCAGAUCUUCAAGAACUCGCGCUUCGCGCAGGGCGGCAACGCACUGUUCGAGGGCCGGCUUAAGGGCAAUCCGCGGCCGGAGGUUUCGUGGACUCGGAAAGGCGCACCCCUUCUCGACUCCACGAAGCACCGGCUGGCGUACAACCCGGCCACCGGCGCCGUCUCGCUGAUGAUCAACCAGAUCGGACCGGGCGACGAGGGCGAGUACACGUGCAAGGCGCGGAACGCGGUCGGCGAGGCGAUCUGCUCGGUGUUCAUCCAGCCCGAGGGCAUGCCAACGCCGCACUUCCAGCAGCAGCAGCAGCAGCAGGUCCAGCGCCGAGAGCAGCGCCAGACCGUGGUCAAGCAGCAGCAGCAGUACACGAAUGGGUACUCGCACACCGAGGAGGAGUUCAAGGUGGACACGUUCGAGUAUCGGUUGCUGCGCGAGUCCUCGUACCGGGAGUCGAUCACGCGCCGGUACCAGGGUGAAACCGAUGCCGUGCUGGUCAGCGUGCCGGACCCGGCGCUUGGUCCGGCCGCGGCACCGCAGAUCGGCCAGAAGCCCCGCAACUCGAAGUUGGCCGAAGGGUCGGAUGCGGUGUUCAGUACGAGUGUGGUCGCUAACCCACGGCCGCGGCUUUCGUGGUUUAAGGACGGCCAGCGGAUAAUCCCGUCGGCCGACCGGUACGAGGUGAGCUACGCGAACCAGCAGGCGACUCUGCGCGUUCGGAACGCAACGGCCCGCGACUCCGGCCACUACACCCUGCUGGCGGAGAACCCACAGGGUUGCCAGGUAUCGUCGGCCAUCUUGGCGAUCGAACCGGUUGUCGCGGCCGAGCAGCAACACGUGGUGACGCAGUUCGAACGAUCGGAGCAGCACCACCAACAGCAGCAGCAGCAGCAGCAGCAGCAGUACAUCGAAAGCUCGACCGAGGCAACCAAAGCCCUGGGGCCAUCGUUCGUGACGCUCAUCCAGGACGCGGAAACGACCGAGGGGAAGCUAGUGCGGUUCGAUUGCCGUGUGACGGGCCGUCCGUAUCCGGAGGUUGCCUGGUACAUCAACGGCAAUCUGGUGACGGACGACGCAACCCACAAGGUGCUGGUGAACGAGUCCGGCAACCAUUCGCUGAUGAUCACCGCCACCGGUCGGUACGAUCACGGCGUGGUGACGUGCGUGGCCCGCAACAAGACGGGUGAAGUGGCCGCCCAAGCGAAGCUGGUCGUCUGCGAGCGGGAACAGAUCGUGGCACCGAAGUUCGUCGAACGCUUCACGACCGUUAACGUGAAGGAGGGUGAACCGGUGCAGCUGUUUGCGCGUGCCAUCGGAACGCCGCUGCCACGCAUCACCUGGCAGAAGGAUGGCAUCCCGCUCGUCCCUGGGCCGGAUGUGCAGAUCUUUAGCGACAAUAGUGGAUCGACCACGGUCGAUAUCGCGCGGGCACGGGCCACCGAUGCCGCGUGGUACCAGUGCACGGCUCAGAACGUGGCCGGCACCACCGCGACCCGGGCUCGGCUGUUUGUCGAAACGCCGAAGGGACCGGCGCCGGAGCAGAAGCGUCUUAAUUUGCCACGCCCGACCAAGGUCAUCCAGCCGGAAGCCGCUCCUGAACCGGAGAUCAUCUUUCUGCGGCACGUGGAGCGGGCCGCUCCGCAUCUGCCCCCGAAGGAGGAGGAACGGACGUACCCGCCGCCGAAGUUCAUCGUCCCGCUUGGGGACGUUGCUCAGGUCGAGGGCGGGAAGGUUCACUUCGAGGCGCGCAUUGAACCGGUCUCGGAUCCAACGAUGCGUGUGCAGUGGUUCCUGAACGGCAACCUGAUCCAAGCCAGUUCCCGGGCGAACACAACGUUCCAGUUCGGGUUCGUAGCACUGGAUCUGCUGACGAUCGUGAUGGAGGACAGUGGCGAGUACCUGUGCCGACUGUCCAGUGCGACCGGGGUGGCCGAAUCGCGGGCCCUGUUGAGCGUGCAGCCGAGGCCACCGAUCGAGCAGCAGUCGCAGCACCAGCAGUCGACGCUCGAUCAGCUCCAGCACCUGGAGGACUACUCGAAGUACGUGCGGACGGAGAGCAUCGAGGAGGUGGUGAACCAGCGGCCCGCUUUCACGCGCCCCCUACAGGACCUGGGCGAGCUGGAGGAGGGCCGGAAUGCGCACUUCGAGGCGCAGAUCACACCGGUCAGCGAUCCGACGAUGCGCGUCGAGUGGUACAAGGACGGUCGGCCGAUCACGGCCAGCUCGCGCAUUACGGCGAUCUUCAACUUUGGCUACGUUUCGCUAAACAUUAUGCACCUGCGGGCUGAGGACGCCGGGACGUACACGGUGCGCGCGGUGAACCGCAUCGGAGAGGCGAUCAGCACGUCGAAGAUCAGCGUGGUCAGCAAGGCGCCCGUUACCGGUGAUCUGGGCAUCUCGGAGCAGCGUAACUACAUCCAGAAGAUCGAAGAGCUGGAGCAGUACCAGAAGUACCAGAACAUGAAGUUCUACGAGGAAACGCCCGAGAGCACGCAGCGGCCAGAGUUUAAGAGCCCGAUCUCGGAUCAGCUGAAUGUGCGCGAGGGAGGCUUCGCGCACUUCGAAGCCCGUCUCGAGCCGGUCGGCGAUGCGACGCUGCGGGUGGAGUGGCUCAAGGAUGGACACCCGGUGGAGGCGAGCUCGCGCAUCACGUCGUUCUGUAACUUUGGGUACGUGGCGCUCACGAUCAAGCAGGUCACCGUGCAUGACGUCGGUCAGUACACGUGCCGGGCGUACAAUUCGCUCGGCGAGGCACACGUCACCGCGCGGUUGACGGUCGUGACGCGUCAGGACAUCAUCGUCGACUCGCAGACGAGCCACAUGGGCAUGGAGAAGAUCCAGUACCUGGAGGAUGCGUCGCGCUACACACGUACCCAGCAGCAGGAGGUAGAGCAGCAGGUCAUCGUGCAGCCGGAACCGCGUUUCCUGGGGCCACUCAAGGGUACGACACGGAUCGUCGAGGGUCAGCGUGCCCACUUUGAGGCUCGGUUGGAACCCCAGUCCGAUCUGACGAUGCGCGUCGAAUGGUACCACAACGGGCGCCCGCUGAUGAGCGCCAACCGGAUCCAGACGUACCACGACUUUGGGUACGUUGCGCUCGACAUUCUGGAUGUCCGCGCCGAGGACUCUGGCACCUACACGCUGGUCGCUAUGAACAGCGCGGGACAGGCGCAGGUUGAAGCGACGAUGGUUGUCGAAACACGCGCCGCGAUCGAUACGACCAGCAUGCACCACGUGGUGGAGCGCUCGCAGCAGCAAGCCGAGAAGCAGUUCGUGGAACCGCAGUACCAGAUCGAGGAGCUGUGCAAAUCGAAACCGAUCUUCACGCAGCCCCUGUCCGAUCCGCAACCGGUCGGCGAAGGACGUAACAUCCAUCUGGAGUGUAAACUGGAACCGCUGGGCGAUCCGACGAUGCGCGUCGAGUGGUACCAGAACGGGCGCCCGAUUACGGUCGGGUCACGCUUCAAGACGUACUACGAUUUUGGGUUCGUAGCGCUGGACAUCCUUCACUCGACGGCACUGGACUCGGGCGAGUACACGGUCCGGGCGACGAAUCAGCUCGGAUCGGCCCACACGUCCGCUUGUGUCCGCGUGAUCACGCGUUCCGAUGUGAUCACCGAAGCGCAGAGCGAAAUGAGCGUCGAGCAGAUGCAGUACCUGGAGGAUGCGUCCCGCAUGCGACGGGAUGUGCUCGAGGACAUUACCGUAAUGUCGGCACCCCAGUUUGCUCGCUCGCUACACAACAUCGAAACGUUCGAGGGCACCAAUAUUCACCUGGAGUGUCGCCUGCAACCGGUCGGUGAUCCGUCGAUGCGUGUCGAGUGGUUCGUGAACGGGCUGCCGGUCAAGAUCGGGCACCGGUUCCGGCCGGCGUACGAGUUCGAUUACGUGGCGCUCGAUCUGCUAGGUGUGUACGCGGCCGACUCGGGUGUUUACACGUGCCAGGCGCGCAACUCGCUCGGCGAAGCGGUCAACUCCUGCUCGGUGCGCAUCAUGGCCAAGAAGGAUCUGAUCCUGGAGACGCAGUACCCGGCGGGACUGGAGAAGCUCCAAUACCUGGAGGACAUUGCGCGGUACCGCAAGACCGAGUACGUGGACGAGAUCGUUAACGUGAAGCCGCGCUUCCUGACGAAACCGAAGAACAUUGAGCGGGCGGCCGAGGGUGGCCACGCACACUUCGAGUGCAAGCUGGAACCGGUCACCGAUCCGAACCUGAAGGUCGAGUGGUACAAGAACGGUAUGCCGAUCACCGUCGGUCAUCGGUUCCGCCCGAUCCACGACUUUGGGUACGUCGCGCUGGACAUUGUGGAUUUGAUCGCCGAGGACACUGGCACCUACAUGUGUCGCGCGGUCAACCUGGUCGGUGUGGAUGAGAUUGCGGUGCAGCUAUCGUGCCGCGGUUCGCAGCAGAUCCUGACCAGCACGCAGAACGAGAUGGGACUCGAGCAGAUCCAGUAUCUGGAGGAGAAGACGCGCGCCCAGCGAUCGGAGUAUCUGGACGAGAUGACGACCCAGGCGCCCACGUUUACCACCUCGCUGAAGCACAUCGAAAUCAAGGAGGGUCAGCGGGCCCACUUCGAGUGCCGGUUGAUUCCGGUGUCGGACCCGACGCUCCGGGUCGAAUGGUACCACAACGAGGCACCGGUCAAGACCGGGUCCCGGUUUACGGAGACGAACAACUUCGGGUUCGUGGCGCUCGACAUUAUGGGCUGCCUGGCGGACGAUUCCGGCACGUACACGUGCCGGGCGGUGAACGCGCUCGGCGAAGCGGUCACAUCGGCCACCUGCAUGGUGCACACGCGCAAGAACAUCUACUCUGAGUCGCAGCACGAGCACGCACUGACCAGUCUGCGCUACCUGGAGGACAGCUCGCGCUAUCACCGCGAAACGGAGGUGGACGAAGUCGUCACGCAGGCGCCCGUCUUUACGCUGCCGGUGAAGGACGUGAAGGUGGCCGAGGGCCAGGCGGUUCACUUCGAGGCUCGCCUGGUUCCGGUCGGCGAUGCGAAGAUGCGUGUCGAGUGGCUCCGGAACGGCGUGCCGAUCGAAGCGUCGAACCGGAUCACGACGAUGCAUGACUUCGGGUACGUGGCGCUCAACAUGAAGUACGUGAACCCGGAGGACUCGGGCACGUACACGUGCCGGGCGACGAACGAUCUCGGCCAGGCCGUGACCUCCGCCAAGCUGAUGGUCCAGUCGAAGGCGUCGCUCGAUCUGGAAACGCAGAACGAGAGCGCCCUGGAGAAGAUUCACCAGCUCGAGGACUCGGUCCGGUUCCAGAGGCGCGAGGAGGAAGAAGUGGCCGUUACGCAACCGCCACGCUUCACCACCAAGCUGCACGGUCCGACCAGUUUGGUCGAGGGUCAGUCCGCUCACUACGAGUGCCGGAUUGAGCCAUACCCCGAUCCGAGCCUGCGAGUCGAAUGGUUCCACAACGGGCAACCGCUCACAACGGGCCAUCGCUUCCGGACGACGUACGACUUUGGGUUUGCCGCUCUCGACGUACUGACGGUGUACGCGGAGGACUCGGGCGAGUACACGUGCCGCGCAACGAACCACCUGGGCCGGGAAACGUCGUCGAUCGCGCUAACGGUCGCCCCGAAGGCCGGCAUCGUGCGGGAAACGCAGCAUGAGGGGGCCCUGGAGAAAAUCCAGUACCUUGAGUGUGACGCCCGGUACGGCCGCAAGGGUGACGAUGAGACGUACGUGGCUGAGAAGCCCGCGUUUGGGCGGCCACUCAAGAACGCGUGCGUAACCGAGGGGCUUCCGGUGCACCUGGAGGCGACCCUGACGCCGGUCAACGAUCCGACGAUGAAGGUCGAGUGGUACUGCAACGGGCGGCCGAUUCAGCAGGGCCACCGGUUCAAGACGACGUACGACUUUGGUUUCGUAGCUCUCGACAUCCUGUAUGCACACGCUGAGGACACGGGCACUUACAUGUGUAAGGCCAAGAAUGCUAUCGGAGAGGCUGUCACGACGUGCGCUGUUAAAGUCACAGCAAAUGCUGGGUUAUACUUGGAGACACUUGAUGAGCAGCGACUGCAGAAGAUCAAGGAGCUGGAGAGCUACCAGAAACCACAGACGCAGGAAGUCGAACCGGCCAAGCAGAAGCCGGUCUUCCUGACCCCACUGACCAGCCUGGAGAGCCUGAAGGAGGGCGACUACGCCCACCUCGAGUGCCGCGUGGAACCGAUCAACGAUCCGAACCUGCGUAUCGAGUGGUUCAUCAACGGCAAGGCAAUCCGCGCCGGGCACCGGUUCCGCACGACGCACGAUUUCGGCUACGUCGCCCUGGACAUCCUGUACGUGUACGGGGAGGACUCGGGCACGUACAUGUGCAAAGCGACCAACCAGGUCGGCGAAGCGGUCAGCACGUGCAACAUCCGCGUUACGAACAAGCGGAACAUUAUCUUCGACUCGCAGCACCCGGACGGGCUGGAGAAGAUCCAGAAACUGGAGGCCCACGUGCGGCCGUCGCGCCUGGAGCUUGACGAACCGGAAGUGACGGCGCCGCGCUUCGUGACGGAACUGCGCGGAACGACCGAGAUCGCUGAGGGCCAGACGGCCCACUUUGAGGCGCAGGUCGAACCGAUUCACGAUCCAAACCUGCGCAUCGAGUUCUAUCACAACGGCAAACCGCUACAGUCGGCGUCCCGGUUCCACAUCACGUUCGACUUUGGGUACGUGGCGCUCGACAUCCAGCACGCCGUGGCGGAAGAUGCCGGCGAGUACACGGUGAAGGCGAUCAACGCAAAGGGCCAGUGCAAGUCGUCGAUCAAGAUGCAGGUGACGGCGAAGGGAGCGAUCAUCUCCGAAACGCAACACCCGGAGGGUCUGGACAAGAUCAAGCAGCUGGAAGGGGCCGGUCCAUUCCGACGCCCAGAAAUCCAGGAUGCGGUCACGCGCCAGCGUCCCGUGUUCACGCAGCCCCUGCAGAAUAUCGAUUUCGUUGCCGAGGGUCAGACGGCACACUUCGAGUGCCGGCUGAUUCCGGUGGGCGAUCCGAAUCUGAAGGUCGAGUGGUACCGCAACGAGAAGCCACUCGAGGAUAGCUCGCGUAUCGCGAAGCAACACGACUUUGGGUUCGUCUCGAUGGACCUGCAGCACGUGCGCGAGGAAGACGAAGGUGUGUACAUGUGCCGGGCGAUCAAUCCGCUCGGGGAGGCCGUUACGACCGCUUCGAUGCGCGUCCGCACGAAGGCCAGCAUCCAACUGGACACGCAGCACCCGGAGGGCAUGAGAAAGAUCAUUGCGCUCGAGCAACCGCACCAGGCGCGCCCCGACGAGGCGGAGGCGGCGUUCGAGAAGCCGAUCUUUACGCAGCUGUUGAGCGGUCCGUCGGAACUGUGGGAAGGCCAGCAUGCGCACUUCGAGGCACGCGUUGUGCCGGUCGGGGACGCCAGCAUGCGGUACGAGUGGUACGUGAACGGGGUUGAGCUGAAGAUGGGCUCCCGGUUCCGGACGACGAACGACUUUGGGUUCGUCACGCUCGACAUCAACUCGGCCGUGGCCGAAGACUCGGGCGUGUACAUGUGCAAGGCGAUCAACCGGGCCGGUGAGGCGGUCUCGUCCACCACGAUGAAGGUCAAGUCGAAGGCCUCGAUUGCGGGUGAACCGCUACUGCCGGAAGCCUGGGAGAAGAUCCAGCUGAAGGAAGCCGCCAUGAACCGGGUACCGGACAUGUUCGUCGACACGACACCCCAGCAGGCCCCGGUCUUCACGACGCACCUCGAGAGCCACGACAAGCUGCAGGAAGGCCAGCACGUCUACCUGGAAGCCCAGGUCGAACCGCGGGCCGAUCCGAACCUGCGCAUCGAGUGGUUCAAGAAUGGUAUCGCCAUCACGACCGGCGCCCGAAUCCGCAGCACGUUCGAUUUCGGGCUCGUCACGCUCUCGAUCAACGGGCUGCGGGCGGACGAUUCGGCCAUCUACACGUGCCGGGCCACGAACCAGCUCGGCGAAGCCGUUUCGACCGCUACGCUCAAGAUCGACGCCAGCCACUGGCUGCUCGGCGACACGCUGCACCCAUCGUCCGUGCAAAAGAUCCACGACCUGGAGGCACCGCGCGUGAACCUGCGCGACGUCCCGGAAGCCCAGUUCGAGUCGCCCGUCUUCAUUAGCCACCUGAACAACGUGGAGAUCAAGGAAGGCGAGAACGCCCGCUUCGAGUGUAACGUCCAGCCGUCAAAGGAUCCGACGAUGCAGAUCGAGUGGUACGCCAACGGGAAGCCGCUCCCGACUGGAUCGCGCUUCAAGACGACGUACGAUUUCGGGUUCGUGGCACUGGACAUUUCCGGCGCGUACGCCGAAGACUCCGGUAUCUACACGUGCAAGGCGACAAACGCGAAGGGUUCGGCGUCCACCUCCGGCUCGCUGCGGUGCACCGGAACGAAGACGAUGUUCCUUGACACACAGCACCCGCAGGGGGCAGCCGGUCUCGAAGCCGUCCAGGACACGGAGGCGGCCCUCGCCAACCGGCAUCGUCGGGACGAUGGCGCGCCCGACACCACCUACCCGAAGCCCCAGUGGAUCGUCCAGCUGCAGUCGGAGUUCCGGCUGACGGAGGCCGAAUCACUGCACCUGGAGGGCACGGUCGAACCGAAGGACGAUCCGAACCUGCGCAUCGAGUGGUACUUCAACGGAAAGGUGCUCCAGCACGGAUCACGCUUCCGGAUGACGAGCGACUUCGGUUUCGUGACGCUCGACCUGUCCGAGGUGUACGAUCGCGACCAGGGCAUCUACACGUGCAAGGCGUACAACGCGGCCGGCGAGGCGUUCACCUCGUCCACGGUGUACUGCGCCUCGAAGGAAGGCCUGAUCGAGCGCACGCAACACCCGAAGGGUACCGAGGGCCUCGGAAAGAUCCAGGAUCUGGAGGACUCGCUGCGUCGUCCGGGUGCCGGUCAACCGGAGGCGGACGCGGGCCACGCGCCCCGUUUCACGUCCGAGUUCAUCGCGAUCACCAACAUCGGCGAGGGUGAGAUUGCGCACUUCGACGCCACACUCAUCCCAACCGGCGAUCAGUCGAUGGCGAUCGAGUGGUUCUACAACGGCAAGCAGUUGGACGCGAGCCACCGCGUGCGAACGGUGUACGCGUUCGGCAUGGUCGUGCUGGAGAUCCUCGGUACCAAGAUCGAGGACUCGGGUAGCUACACGUGCCGCGCAACCAACAAGUGGGGCACGGCGGAGAUCAGCGUUCAGCUGGAGUGCGUGGAGAAGCCGACGGGCCAGAAGCCUCGCUUCACGACGCACAUCCAGAACCUGGAGGGCCUGAAGGAUGGGCAGUCGGCGCACUUCGAGUGCACGCUCAUCCCGGUCACCGAUCCGGACCUGAAGGUCGAGUGGUUCCACAAUGGCAAGCCGAUGCGCCACUCGAACCGCAUCAAGCCGGUGUCGGACUUUGGGUACGUGCUGUUGGACAUUGCGUACGUGCAGAACCACGACUCGGGCGAGUACGUGUGCCGUGCGUCGAACAAGUACGGUGAGGACUCGACCCGGGCCACACUCCGGUGCACCGGCAAGGGUGGCGUGUACCUGGAGUCGCUGCAGCCGGACUCGCUGGCACGCAUCCGGGAGCUCGAGGCACAGGCCGGCUCGAAGCAGACGGCCGCCGGAUCGCCGGUCGGUGAAGCGCCGCGGUUCACGACGAAGAUCGCGGACGUUACGAAGCUGGUGGAGGGACAGAGUGCUCACUUCGAGGCACGCCUGACGCCGAUCAACGACCCCGAGCUGGUGGUCGAGUGGUACUGGAACGGGCAGAAACUUCCGCACGGACACCGGUACCGGACGUUCCACGACUUCGGCAUCGUCAUCCUGGACAUCCUGUACUGCUACGAGGAGAACUCGGGCGAGUUUGAGUGCCGGGCCACGAACAAGUACGGCUCGGACAGUACCAAGGCGUCGCUGAAGUGUAUCUCGAAGGCGAACCUCAUCCUCGACUCGCAGCUUCCGCGCGGCAUGGAAGGUGGCCUCGAGAAGAUCCAAACCCUGGAGGACUCGCUGGUGCGGACGCGUGACGAACGCGAUCGGGUCGAGGGUGGCCGGGCACCGGUCUUCACCGUGCCCCUGUCGAACAUUGACUCGCUGCGCGAAGGCGAAAGCGCUCACUUCGAGGCCAAACUCACGCCAACGGACGAUCCGAAGCUGAAGGUGGAAUGGUUCUGGAACGGAAAGCCCCUCAAGACUGGAUCCCGGUUCCGUACGUUCUGUGACUUUGGGUUUGUCAUUUUGGAAAUUUCACCCGUCUAUCCGGAGGACUCGGGCGAGUACUCGUGCCGUGCCACCAACGACUACGGCCAGGCGGUCACGACCUCCACGAUGAAGGUGCAGGGCAAGCGUAGCAUCAUCCUCGAAUCGCAGCUCCCGAAGGGCAUGGAGGGUACGAUCGAGCGGAUUGCCGAGCUGGAAGGGCUAGGCAUUCCGCACGGUGGACUCGGGUCGCCGGACGACGACACCGGCAAGCCGCCCGAGUUCAUUACGACCCCGUCGGACAUGACGCUGACCGAGAACUCGCUGGCCCACUUUGAGUGCCGGCUGACGCCGAUCAACGACCCGAGCAUGCGCGUCGAGUGGUAUCACAACGGCAAGGCGCUGUGGGCCGGAUCGCGCAUCAAGACGAUCAACGAUUUCGGGUUCGUGAUCCUGGAGAUUGCCGGCUGCUACCAGCGCGACUCGGGGCUGUACACGUGCAAGGCGACCAACCGGCACGGGGAGGCGACCGUCUCCUGCAAGCUGACCGUGCGCGGCCGCCAGGGCAUCAUCAUGGAGCCGCAGCUACCAUCGAACUUCCGUACCGGCACCGAAAGCAUCCAGAAGCUGGAGGAACAACUUCACAAGCGCGAGGAGCUGCUGAUGGACGAGGAAGAGGGCCGGCCGCCCAAGUUUGUGGUCGAAAUCAAGGAUAACGUAGACAUUGCCGAGGGUGGCCCGGUCCACUUCGAUUGUCGCGUCGAACCCGUCGGUGAUUCGUCGAUGCGGAUCGACUGGUUCCACAACGGCAAACCAUUCGCCACCGGGUCUCGGGUGCACAUGCUGAACGAUUUCGGAUUCAUUGCCCUCGACAUGGACUACGCGUACGUGCGUGAUUCGGGCGUGUACGAGUGCCGGGCCACGAACAAGUGGGGUACGGCUUCGACCACGGCCAAGGUGACGGUGGUUUCGCGCGGUGGCAUCGUGCUAGACUCGCAGCUCCCGGAGGGUAUGACCGCGUCGAAGCUGAAGGAACUGGAACGGGGCAAAGUGACACUGGCAACUCAGGAAGAGCGUACGUUCGGUCCGCCGAAGUUCGUGUCCCAGAUCCAGUCGGCUACGAUCGAUGAAGGCGAAACGAUCCGGUUCGAGUGCCGCGUCGAGCCGAAGGAGGACCCGAAGCUGCGCGUCGAGUGGUUCCGCAACGGAAAGCCGCUCCCGAGUGGCCACCGGUACCGUACGAUCUACGAUAUGGGCUUCGUAUCGCUCGAUAUCCUGUCGGUGUACACGGAGGACGCUGGCGAUUACACGUGCCGGGCGUUCAACGAGCACGGUGAGGACGUGACGAAGGCGCACAUCACCUGCAAGAAGCUGCCCUCGAUCGUGCUGCAGAACCAGAUCCCGAAGGGAAUGCAAAAGUCCGAAACGCUCAUGCAGAUGGAGGCUACGAUCAAGAAGUACACGGAGGAGAUCUUCCUCACCGAGGACGAUCUGUUCGAUCCGGAUCGCAAGCAGCCACCGCGUUUCGUCACUCAGAUCAAGGAGCAGACCAACCUGGUCGAGAUGCAGGCCACCAAGUUCGAGUGCCAGCUGGCCCCGGUCGGCGAUCCGGACAUGAAGGUCGAGUGGUUCUACAACGGCAAACCACUGCCGUACAAGAAUCGCUUCACGCCGAUCUACGACUUUGGCUACGUGGCGAUGAACUUUGGUUGGGUUUAUCCGGAGGACAGCGGCGAGUACUUGUGCCGUGCCACGAACCUGUACGGUAUGGAUGAGACUCGGGCCGUCAUCAAGACCACCGGCAAGCCGGGUAUUGUCUACGACUCGCAGCUCCCGAAGGGCAUGAAGAGCAUCCAAAAGAUUCGCGAGAUGGAAGCCUUGUGGAAUUUGAACAUUCCGGAGGUGAUCGACGAGACGCAGAAACCGAAGAAGGAACCGGCGUUCGUUAGCCGACCGGAAUCGAUCGAGGUGGAGGAAGGCGAAUGGGCUCGGUUCUGCUGCCGUGUCACGGGACAUCCGAAGCCGCGCGUGAUGUGGCUCAUCAACGGACACACCGUGGUUAAUGGUCAACGCUACAAGCUGACGUACGACGGCAUGUACCACUUCGACAUCCCGAAGACGCGCCAGUACGAUACCGGCAAGAUCGAGGUGAUUGCGCGCAGCUCGGUCGGUGAGGCGGUCGCUAGCUGUGAGCUGAAGAUUACUCCUCGCCGCGAUGAUUAUCGUGGCGUGCUGAAGAACUCGCCCAGACCAUGGUACGACUACGACCUAGUCGCCUAUCAGAAGGGCCGCAACGAGACCGACCUGGAGAUGACGCUGCAGGAGGAGAAGGCGAAAAAGAAGCGCGUCGCCAAGGUGACGCAGAAGGCGAAGGUGAAGAAGGACGGUGAAACCGAGUGGCAGAAGACGGUCAAGAAGAAGAAGGGCGAGGAGUACUACAGCAAGCUGGCCGAGCUGGAGACGGAGCAGCUGACCAAGGAGCAGAAGAUGCGCGAAGAGAAGCACCAGUUUGCGAUCCCGGGCGAGAAGGUCGUCAGCCAGUCGCUCGCCAAGGGCAUGGCCAGCGCCUACGAGCAGACCCUUGAGGAAACGAAGGAGAACGUUGAGCUAAUUGAUGCCUCACGGAUGAAGCUGGUCCCGGAGCCGACGGAAACGUCCGUCCAGGGUAAGGAGGUGCACGUGUCGCAGCAGAAGCAAACGCAGAAGGAGGUGUACGACGAUAAGGAGAUCAUCCGCAAGAUCACCGCCACCGAGACGACCGAGAUGGAGCACAAGGGCACGACGCAGGAGCGUGUAGUCGAGGGUCCGGUCCAGCCAACGAAGCCCCCGGUGUUCACCAAGAAGAUCCAGCCGUGCCGGGUGUUCGAGAACGAACCGGCCCGGUUCGAGGUCGAGUUCGACGGUGAACCGAUGCCGACGGUCAAAUGGUUCCGGGAGAACUUCCAGAUCCACAACUCGUCCGACUUCCAGAUCCACACGUUCGGCAGCAAAUCGGUGCUGAUCAUCCGGCAGGUGUUCCUCGAAGAUUCGGCCGUGUUCGCCGUGAUCGCCGAGAACCGGGGCGGCACGGCCAAGUGUAGCGCCAACCUGGUGGUGGAACAGCGCCGACAGCAGGGUCGCGGUGGCGUCAUCCCGCCCAGCUUCGUGAGCACCAUCACCGACACGACGGUAUCGGCCGGCCAGCUGGCACGGUUCGACGCGAAGGUUACCGGCACAAAGCCACUCGACGUGUACUGGCUGAAGGGCGGACAGAAGAUUGCCCCGAACAUCAAGUACAAGACGCUCGAGGAAGACAACAACUACACGCUGCUGAUCAUCGAGGCGUACGCCGAGGACAGCGCCAAGUACGAAUGCGUUGCCAUCAACGGUGCCGGCGAGGCCCGGUGCGAUGCCGUCUGCACCGUGGAUACCCCAGUGACGCCGAUCAUCGAGAAGCCGGCUACGCCCGGCACCGAGCGCCCGCCGACGCUGGUCGAACCGCUCAAGGAUAAAACGGUGCCCGAGGGCCAGUCGGUGGAGUUCCGAACGCGUGUCACCGGCAAACCGACGCCGACCGCACAGUGGUUCAAGGGCGACAAGCAGAUCAAACCGUCCAAGUACUUCCAGAUGGCGAAGGACCGGGACGCGUUCACGCUGAUCGUGACCGAGGCGUUCCCCGAGGACGAGGGCCAGUAUCUGUGCAUUGUGUCGAACGCGGGUGGUGAGGUGCACACGACCGCCACACUGAAGGUGGUGGCCCCGGAAAUGCCGGACGCGGUGCCGAAGCUGAGCGAAAUGAAGGACUGCCUGGUGGACGAAGGUUCACCGGCACAGUUCAAGACGAGCAUCGUUGGCAAGCCGACCAAAAUGACCGUGCAGUGGUUGCGCGAGGGUCUGCUGAUUCCGGAGUCGCCCGACUUCCAGAUGAUCAACGAAGGCAACAAUGCGGUCCUGCUGAUCGGCACCACGUACGAGGAGGACUCCGGCCUGUUCACCUGCCGGGUGACAACGUCCGGCGGGCAGGUUGAGACGUCGGCCAAACUGAUAGUCAAAAAGCGCCGGAAGCAGCUGCGUCAGCCGUUGCUGACGGCCGAUGGCGUCCCGGCGUUCCCCAAGUCGGUGCCACAUGUCGGAGCGCAACCGCCGACUGCUCAGCAGCAGCAGCAGCAGCAGGAGCAGAGUGAUGCGUCGUACGAUAGCAGCACGAGCCAGGAAGUGGACAGCGAGUUUGUACCGCAGGGUGACGAGAGUCUGCCGUGGCGACGAUCACGCAGCUCAUCGCAGGGUCGGCAGCCUGGUGUCGCUCCGUGGCGACGGCCUUCGCAGGAUGGGCGGCGUACGUCACGCGAUCGGUCACUAUCGAUCGACCGGCGGGAAGAGGUCAAACCGUGGACCUCGGAGGUGGUUAAGCUGAAGAAGACCUCCACCGAGCGGAAGACGAUCGAGAAGGAGAAGCUGGCGAGCGUCCAGCUGAAGCCGACGCAAAUUCAGAAGCCCCAGAUCAAGCGGGAGCAGCUGGAGAAGGUUGACCUGAAGAUGGUCAAGCAGCAGCGGCAACGGGAGGAAAUUAGCGAACAGCACAUGGAGGAGAUGGUCGAGGCCAUCAUCAGCGAGCGGACAGCGGAGGAUCGGGUCGACUAUGGGGUGCAGAAGCUGCGCCACGAUGAGGACAUUUCCAUCCUGGAGAUCACCCAGCAGGUGGACGAGCUUAUUCGGCGGGAUUCGCAGGCGAAAGGAGUGCCGUGGCGUCGUGGAGGCCCCCGAAAGGAGAAACAGGAGUUUGUGGAGACGGACGAAAGUAGUCGGCUAACGGUGGACCGGGAGGAAGUCACACUCGAGCACGACCAGAAGGCCGGUGUGGCCUGGCGUCGUGGUAAGGCUCCGGUAGAGCCGGAGCUGGAGCGUCAACCGUUCGCUCAGAUCGAAGACACGACCCUGCUCAGUGUGGAUCGGUCGGAGGAGCAAGAAGCGAAAGAAGUGGAAGUGGAAAAAGGAGUUCCGUGGCGUAGAGGCCCCAAACCCGAACGGGGACAGUUCACGGAGCAGGAGGAUAGCUCCCGGCUGGUGGUGGAGCAGAGCGAACAGGAGACAGAAACGACUCCCACCGAGAAACCGGUCGCUUGGCGAAGAGGACCCAAGGAGCCGAAAGAACCGACGGCGGAGGAGAAACCGGUCGAGGAGCAACCGCCGUCGGUGCCGCCGUGGAUGCGCGGACGGAAGCCAGGUCCGAAGCGGGAGCUACCGAAGCCACCGGAACCGGAGCAGAUCCCGCAGGUGGCGCUGAAGCCGACACCGCGGCAAAAGAAGGAACUGGUCCGGGAGACGAUCGAGGAGGUAUCACUGAAGCCAGUGCCCAAGAAGCCACAACCGCAAGAGGAAGCCAGACCCGGCGACGCCGAAGAGGCACCGGAGCAACGAACGAAACCGAAAAAGAUCACCGAACUGACGCCGAGUCAGGAGUUGGAGUUGUUGGAGAAGGAAAGCUUGGAACCGGCGGAGAAACCGCCGGUGGCCCAUGAACCCGAGGUCGUGACCGAGAAACGACCGGACGAACCGCCGAAGGAGGCCGCUGCACCCGAGCAGCCCUCGUGGAGACGUACGAAAAAGCCGAAGCCAGAGGAGCCGGCUCAGGAGGAGAAACAGUGGCCCACGGGCAAACGGAGGCCACUGCCCGAAGAGGCAAAGGAAGACAUCACGCUGAAGCCAAUUCCGAGGCCCAGCGUUGAGGAGACUCCGGUACCGGCCCAGGAUGCUUUUGUUGGUCGCGUUCCACAAGCACCCAUCGAAGAUACAGAGGCCCCAGUGCCGGAGGAGGAGAAGGAACCGGAGUCAUCCUUACCGCCAUGGCGAAGAGGUAAGAAACCGGUUCCAAAGCGUGAAUUGCCGGCCCCGGCUGAACCGGAGCACGUCGAGCAGAUCGCCCUUAAGCGUACACCACGCCAGAAGAAGGAACUACCGAAGGAGUCGAUCGAGGAGGUCACCCUGAAACCCGUGCCGAAGAAACCCGUCACUGAAGAGGUCCCGGUAGCGGAACCUGAGGAAGCGGAAGUCAAACCGGUGAAGGUGGUAAAGAAGAAGAAAGAAAAGCCUUUGCCGACAGAACUGGAAACGAUGGAGCCGCUUGAGUUCAGCCCCACGGAGGUACCGGAUGCAGAGCGAGAGGAAUUGGAACGGAUGCCUGCCGAAGAGAAACCGGUAGAGCCGGAUAGCGAGCAGGAGAAAACGAGCUGGCGUCGGCAACAAAAACCCAAACCGGAACCGGAAGUGCCCGAAGAGAAACGGUGGCCAACGGGUAAACGGCAUCCAUUGCCGGAGCAACCUCGCGAGGAGGUUCUACUGAAACCGAUUCCGAAACCCUCGAAAGAGGACGAACCGAAAGCUGCGCAAGAACCAGCGAUCAAGCCACGACCUGUUCCGGAGUUGCCUGACAAACCGGAAACGGAACUAUCACUCGAGAAGCCCGAACCACCAGAACCCGAGGAGGACAAGUCGGCAAGUCUUCCGCCGUGGCGUCGGGGAAAGAAACCUACGGCGAAGAGGGAACUUCCGAAGCCAGCGGAACCGGAAGCGGUAGAAAAGGUGGAGCUGAAAGCGACCCGCCGCGAGCGGAAAGAGAUUCCGAAGGAAGGCCUCGAAGAGGUGACACUGAAGCCGGUGGCGAAGAAGACACCGGUGGAACCGACCCCGGAGUCAGUGGAACCGGUUGAACCGGUUCCGGCCCCGGUACCGCAGAAGGUGAAGAAACUGAAGCCAAAGCAACCACUGGAGGUACUGGAGAGGGUAGAGUUUGAGCCACGACCGGAUGUGGAAGAAGAGGUCCCCGGGCCGGAACCCGCACCAGCGGUUGAACCAUUGCCCGAGGUAACGCCUGAGGAACCCGCGAAAGAUCGCUGGAUUAGGGAGCAAAAACCGAAACGCGACGAGCCGGAGGAAGAGUUGAAGAAGUGGCCAACCGGCAAGAGGCACCCGCUGCCGGAGGAACCGAAGGAGGAAGUUAUGCUCAAGCCAAUCCCUAGACCAACGAAGGAGGAAGAACUUCCAAAGGAACGGCCUCUAUCGAUUGCUCCAGAGGCGAAGCUGGACCAACCGCCCGAGGUGCCCGCCGAGGACGACGAGUCCCAUCUGCCACCGUGGCGUCGGGGACGCAAGGGAGUGCCAAAGCGCGAAAUCCCCGCACCCGAGCCGGAGGUCAUGGAAACGGUCACCCUGAAGCCGACUCCGAAGCGAGCGAAGGAACUGCCACAGGAAACACUCGAAGAAGUGUCACUCAAACCGGUCCCGCAGCAAGCGCAGGAAGAAGUCCUACCACAGGACAUCGUCGAGACGGCGGUCGUGAAGGAACUCCCGUCCAAGAAGGUGAAGAAACCGAAACGCAAGGAAGAACUGGAGACUCUGGAGAAACCGGUCUACCCGGAGAUCCCGGAACCGGACGAGGUCCAACUGGAGAAGGUCGAACCGACCGUAGAAGUGCCCGUCCAGGUACCAGAAGAAGUGACCGCACAGCCUGCAUGGAGACGAACGCCUAAACCGAAACCGACCGAGCCGGAGCCGGAGCAGAAGCAGUGGCCAACGGGUAAGCGUCGCCCACCGACCGAGGAGCCGAAGGAAGAGGUAACGCUGAAACCGAUUCCACGGCCCCAGCAACAACAGGAACCAGCCCCGGAACCGAUGGAACCCACGACCCCGUGGCGUCGGACGAAGAAAGAAAAGCCCCCGGUCCCGGAGGAAGAGCCAAAGGAGUGGCCCAAGGGUAAGCGAAGACCGCUCGAGGAUACGCCCAAGGAGGAGGUGACCUUGAAACCGAUUCCAAAGACCACCAAAGAGGAAGCACCGGAACCGGUUGCGGUUACGGAACCCAGCUUGAAGCACCCGGAACCGGAAGAACCGGAACCGCGACCGUACCGGCGGGGCAGAAAGGAGUUGCCCAAGCCCGAGGAGCCUCCGGUGCGUGAGGAAGUAACGCUCAAGCCCGUCCCGAAGCGAGCAGCACCCGAGGAGACGGUCCACGAGGAGGUCAUACUGAAACCGGUCCCCGCCCAGCAAGCCCUCGUCGAUGUCGGUGAAGAAUCGCUCACUACCCUGGAACCGGCACCCGAGGAACCGGAAGCGCGAGUAGCAGAAACCGUGAUGGACAUCGUGCCCGAGGAGGUGCUCGAUCUGAUUCCGGAACAGACACCGCGCGAGGUGGCCAAAAAGCGCAAGUCACGCAACAAAAAACACGUCGUGUUCCGGGAAGAACUCAGCACGUUCGCCAUGGAACCGGAGGAGGAGCUGGAAGAGGACGAGGAAGAGGCGCUGCCGGUCGAGUCUAGAUCCAGCAUUACGCUAUCCCGCCCGGACACGAAACCUUUGGAACCGGUGGCCACCAUGCAGCCGGUUCCGGAAGAGGAAGUACAAUCGGAGUUCCGCAAGGAGCUGGAGGUCCGGGUGCAGUCCAAUAUCGUGAAGCGUGAGAGACACCGCCGGGUGUUUAUCGACGACCAAGGUCAACCGCUCCCGGAGUUGGAGAUCAUCACCCAGAAGCGGGUCCAGGAAGUUACGGACAAGGUGGCCGAAGAGGAGGUUCGCGAGGAUCGCCAGCUAACGGAGAAGACCCAACGGUUGCAGCUGGCCGAGACACGGAUCGAGGAGCAACGCUCGGUAACGGUGGUCCAACCCGACGUCCGGCCACCGAACUUCAUCGAGAAGCUCCAGCCGCUGGUCUGUGAGCCCGAGCAGCCGGUCCUGCUACGUGCCCGGCUCGAGGGAGUCCCGUUCCCGACGGUGCGCUGGUUCUUCAACGACACGGUCCUGUUCGCCAACUCGGAGUACGUGAUGGGUGUGGUCGAGGACGUGGCCACGCUCGAGAUCGCCACCGUGCAACCGUACCACGUGGGGAUCUACACCUGCGAGGCACGGAACGUGGCCGGAGUGGCGACGAGCCGGGCGAAUAUCGUGGUCCAGGAGCGCCCGGAAACCGGCGAAGCACCACGCUUCGUGGUGCCGCUGAAGAUUUCGCUCGAUGACGCCAGGACGGUGGCCACGGUUACGUGCCAGGUGGCCGGUGUUCCAACGCCCACGGUGCGCUGGUUGCGUGACGAGCUCGAGAUCACCGAGGAAGAAACGCUCAUCCAGACGCUCUACGAGGAGCGCACCGGUCACGUCCGCUUGACGGUGGCGGAACCACAGCAAAACGUACCCACGGUGUACACGGUCGUGGCGGAGAACCGAUUUGGUCGUGCCGUCGGCAAAGCGAACGUCUUCAUUCAGGCGAUCGAGCGACGGGAGCCGACUCCGGUCCGGCCACAGACGGUGGCUCCCCAGAUCGUGCAACCGCUCGAGGCGCAAGUCGUCCGGACCGGAAGUACGCUGGUGUUUGAGUGUCGGUACACCGGAGUUCCGCGACCCACCGUUAGCUGGUUCCGCAACAGCAAGGAGGUGAGCGAAGAGGAAGAGAUCACGAUCGUGACGGAGGAGUUCCGGAGUAGGCUGGAGAUCCGGAGCGUUACGCGGCAGCGUGGCGGCAAGUACGAGAUCCGGGUCACGAACGAGGCCGGCGAGGCUAGAUCUUCCGCCUCGGUGGCCAUCUCCGACUCGAGCGACGCGGACGAAGCGAAAGCACCACGCUUCGUGGAACCACUGGCGCCGAGGUUGAUAGCCGAGGCGGAGGUGUGCAUCCUGGAGGCGUCGGUUGACAGUUACCCGACCUCGACGUUCCAGUGGUUCCGCGAGGGCACCGCAAUCACCUCCAGCAACGAGCGGCGCAUCGUCACGACCGACAACCGGUCGAUUCUGAUCAUCGAAUCGUUCGCCCGCACGGACCGCGGCGCGUACACGUGCCGGGCGGAGAACGUGGCAGGUUCGGUAACGUCCACUGCGACCGUCCAGACACUGGACACCCUCGAAACCGAGGAGGUUACCGAAUACAUAUCACCGCGGUUUUUGGAAACAAUCAAACCGACGCGUGUUAUGGACGGCGAGCGGCUGACGCUCGAGUGCCGGGUCGUGGCGAUGCCGCUCCCGCGCGUCCACUGGUACCACGACGGCCGCCAGAUCCGCGAGACGAAGGACAAACAGGUGCAGCAGGACUCGGCCGGUCGCUGUGUGCUCACCGUCAGCGAGGUGUUCCCGGAGGACACGGGUGAGUAUACGUGCGUGGCGGAGAACCGGAUCGGUGAAGCGAUCUGCCGUGCCACCGUCAGCGUGGAGCCGUUCGAGUACGUGCCAGAUUCGGAGCAGUUCCGCAGCUCCGAGGAGGACCUGUUGACCGAUAAGUCUAUUUCAACACUGGAAGAGUACGCGGAACCGCUCGAAUACGCACCGGAGAUCGUGAAGCAGCUGCCGACCGUGGUCCACUCGCAGGAACGCGAACUGACCAAGCUGGAGGUGAAGGUCGUGGCGCACCCGAAACCACAGAUCCGCUGGCUGAAGGCGGGCGAAGAGAUUAUCCCGUCGGACGAGUUCCAGAUCGAGAACCUGGCCGACGGAACCUCGAUCCUGAUCAUCCCCGACAUCUACCCGGACGACUCGGGCGAGAUUACGUUCGAGGCGCACAACGCACUAGGCGUUGCCCAGACGACCACCGCACUUGUUGUGGAAGAAAUUGUCGGCACCAAAGCGUAUCGCAAACCGGAAUGGGUCCAGCACAUGGAGGAGAUGAAGGAAGCGCUGAAAGAAACACCGGAUCUCCGCGGAGGAGAUGCGAACCGUAUCGUCCAACAGCACACCACCGACAGGAACACUGCGAUCGACACUAGCACCACCACCACCACCACCACCACUACAGUCACGAAGAAAAAACACAAGAAGCUACGAUCCGAACGGAAGCAGCAGCAGCACCAGAGACAGUUGGAGUCGGAGGAGAUCGUCGACAGCGAAGAAUCGAUCGAUGAGCGGCUGCUCAUUACCCAGCAGCGGCGUCGCCCCCGGCCACCCUUGCAACCUCUGCGGCCCCUCCUGCCGAACGAGGAGCAGGUGCCGGAGGAGCUGGUGGCCGACUUUGUGACCUCACCGAUGCGUGAGUCCCUGGCGCUACCUCUCGAGAUAGCGGCCAAUGCGAACGAACCGACCGUCCUGGCGCAGGUGUCGGAUCUCGUGCCGGGUGGACCAGUGGCCGCCACCGGCACUAGUGCCACGGUGUCGCUGGUCCGCAGCCGGGCCCUGGUGGCCGAGGAGACGGUCUCCUCGGAGCGGGAGAUUGAGGCGGUGCUGGCCGACAGCGUCAAACUGGCGACCAGCCCGCACUAUCAGCUGUACGGUCUGAACGAGCCGCUCGAAGUUUCCGAAGUACGCCCGCAGGAGCACUCGACGGACGGGUGCGGUCCGGUGCGGGUUCCCGCGCCCAUCGCGCUGGCCCCGUCCCUGACCGCCCCAACCACCCCGAUCCAGCCACUCGUGGUCAGUGAGUCGACCGCGCACGAACAGGCAAUCACGUUGGAGAAGGGUCCCGCUAGUGCCCUGGGUAACGCCACGGUACAGCUACUGACGCACGAUGCGACGAUCGUGGAGGAGACGCUCCCGUCACUACCGGAGCUACCGGAACUGGCGGCCCUACAGCGACCCAGUCCGAGCUGGGCACAUCCGGACGUGCGAUCCCAAGAGUCGCUCCAGGUAACGGAGCUAACGGAGCGCACCUUCGAAAAGGAGGACACGUUCGAGGGUGCCGGUCACCGACUGCCAGCCACCGUGCAGCCCCAUUACCAGCUACUCCCUUCCGAGUCCAUCCAGACCGAGGAAACGGUGGCGCAGGAUGCCCCGGCUCGCUACUACCCCGAACUGGUCGUCCCGACCGAAAGUGCCCGCCGGAGUGUCAUCGAGCAGCGAUCCUACACGACGGAAGAGAUGCACGCUCCGGAGAAGGAGGAUGCGUAUGUGCCGGGGCGCUUGCCACCGCAGCAGUGGGCCGAUGUGCAGCUAUCCCGUACCCGCGAGUCCGUCACGGUGACGUCACAGCACGCGGAAGAGUCCGAAAUGGAACUUUCGCCAGUGGCGCCGGUUAGCUCGGUACACGCCACCGGAACCGUGGCCGUCCUCGAAGGUCAACUCACGACGCAGCUGGUCCAAGAGAGUGCCCGAGCCGAGGAGUUACCAGCGCAGGCGGCGUACGAAACCCGUGUCGCCACCGUGGAGUUCCUGGAGCGGGCGAGCGUUUCGGUUUCGAAGGUGGUGAGCGGUGAACGCGAAUCGACGCUGGCUCCGUUCGAACCGGCUCGGCCCGGAGUGGCCCAGCAAACCCUCACCGCCCUGCCCGGUGGUGUCGCGAGCCAGGCGACGGAAGCAUUCGUCCAGGAGCGGGAAUCCCCGUACUAUGGUGGACAGCCGAACCUAGCUACGGCGGCCACGCUUCUGGAGCCGAUCGAGAACCUGUCGGUGACGGAGGUCGAAACGGCCGACACUACCGGGCGGUUCUCACCCGAGUCCGAGGGAAGAGUCGAGCAGCUCCUGCCCAGCCUGGUGCCGGUUCAGUCACACACCACCGUCGCCGUGACGGUGGCGAACGAGAAAGAGUCCGAACUGGCACCAGAGCGAUCGCAACCGAUGGCGGUGCGUGCGGAGCAACAGCUCCCCGUACAGACCCCACUCGAGGUGGUCCAGCAUCAGGCGGUAGCGGAGAGUGAAUCGACGUUCCGGCCAGCGGUAACCCCGGCGAACCAAUCGAUACGGCCAACGCCGGCAUCCGACGACACGCAUCGCUCGUUGCAGGUCCAGGAAACGAUCGCCAUCGUGUCGGCCGGAGAUCUCCCGGAAGCGGGCGCUCCACAGCAGCAAGCAGGGCUACGCUUGACGAGUGACCUGGAGGAGAAGAUCGUGUCCGAGACGACGAUCUACGAGACGGUCCGGGCGCACGUUCAGUCCGAAACGGCCGAACAGCGAACGGCCGAGGCACUGUGGCCGGAACCCACAGCCGAGCUUGUGGUGACGGAGGUAAUCGAAAGUCAGCGUGUAACCGACGGUACAGGGCUGAGCGAAGCGAAGGACUACAACCUGAGACCAACGCCAACGCACACCCUCAAGAGUGUGCUGAUCGAGCAGACGCUCCCAAGCGAUGGAUGCGAGCAGUUCGACCGGCAACCUCAGCAACCGACCAGCCGGGCGAACGUCCGUGGCUCCGAACUGGAUGAAACUGUCGUGUCGGAGACAAUGGUCCUGGAGCGCACUGAGCACCUCUCGGCACCGGAAACACCUGCCGGCAAGUUGGCCCUCACGCAACUCGAACCGAUCGAAAGUCUGACGGUGACGGAGGUUGUACCGGAGCAGCGUGAACACUGGACGGAGCAACCGGUGUCGGCGAGGGACGCCACAGCCAUCGCGAUCCCCGCGGAACCACUACGGUCCGUGCUGAUCGAAGAGGUUCAGCUAUCGGCCCGUGCUACCGACACACCGACCGCACCCGAGACACAGCCGGCCGAAGCGAGCAUCCAGCAGGAACCACUCGAGCAGACGAGCUCCGUGACGGGCGCCCCGUUAGUGUUGGAAGCCACAGCCCAUCUGGAUGCCGUCCGGACGGAAACGAAGCAAGCCGAAACGCUGCUGGAACCCCGCAACGAGCUCACCGUCACGGAGGUAAUCACCGACGACCGUACUGCCGACCGAGUCUCGCAGGAGGCAACGACCAAGGACUACCGUUUGCGACCGGUUCCAACGCACUCACUACGAUCGGUGCAGGUGGAAACGAUCGAAGCGGUUGACCGUGUCGAAAGGAUCGAUGAAGUGCCUUCGUCGACGCACUUGGCGACCGUGGUACCACGGGACCGGCAGGAGGAGAAGAUCGUCACCGAACAGGUGGCCCUGGAGCUCACCGUGGACCACCAUCAGGCUGACGUGCUGACGGUGCACCGGCAAGCCGAGUCUACGAUGGCCGAACCCACGAGCAGUGAGCUGCUCGUGACGGAAGUCAUCAUCAGCGAGCGAAGCGAACGGGCUGGUGUCGCGGAGCAGCUAAAGGAUGCCCGGGCACUGGCCGUACCCUCGCACACCCUCCGUGCUGCCGCGGUGGAACAGGUCCAACCGGCCGAUACCGUGCACCCUUGUGCCGUGGAAGAUCGACCACAGGAGCAACUGCUGGCCAGCAGCGUAGGUCAGCUCGAGCAAACGCGUGUCGUAUCGGAAACGAUCGCGUACGAAGCGACGGGACCGAUACGCCCCGGUCCGGAAGCUCCCGAGGCGAAGCAGGCCGAUCUAACGCUCCUGCCCGUGACGGGGCUGAUCGUGAGCGAAACGUGUGCGGAGCAGCGCGAAAACGAAGGCCUCCAGCCGUUGGUGGCCUCGGGCUACGUUGCCAAGCAGUCACCGGCCGAACCGCUCAAGUCGGCCGUGGUCGAAGAAACGAUCGCCAGUGAGAACGCCUCCAAGUUUAGCGACGUCCCCGCUGCAAGCACAACGGCCGCGGCUACCGUCGGGAGCGAACGAGAACAGACCACCACGGUGGAAACGUUCGCGUUCGAGGAUACACCCGAACUGCCGGCCAGUGAGCCGACCGAACUGCGGACCAAAUUGGCGGAAGCCGCACUCGAGCCGCUCCUGGGAGCGGCCAUCGUGACGGAGGUUAUGACGGGGCAACGCGAGGGCUACGAAGCCGGUGUGGUGGAACAGGCGCAAGAUCACACGGCGACGGCGACGGCCAGCCACGGUCUCAAGACGGUCACGGUCGAAGAGGUGACCGUCGCGGAUAGCGUGGAUCAGUUGCCGCAACCCGAAGUAUCUGGCGGUUCGGUUGCAACGGUACGUAGCGGUCAGUUCGAGGAGACGACCGUCCUGGAGACGACCGUCUACGAAGGAGAGCGCCACCUCCAGGUGGAUGAGAUCCCCGCGAUCCGCGGAGCUGACCACUCGUACGUCCCGAACGUGGAGCUGCUCGUGACGGAGGUCGUGGCGGAGCAGCGCGAGCGUGAAGGCUAUAGUGUGGCGGAACUCGCCCGAGAUCAUACGGCCACCCGGACUAUCACGGAGCACGUACGGAAGUCGGUGACGGUACAGGAAACCCUCACGGGGGAGAGUGUCACCCGGAUCGAGCAACCGACGGAACCGGCGACUGGUGCGGCCACCGUACAGGACGAUCGUCUGGAGGGGACUGUCGUGCGGGAAGCCCUGGUUCUGGAGAGCCUUGAUGGCUACACGCACGAGUUCAAUCCAUCGCAACAGCAGGCCCAGCCGGCGGUCGUCCCCAUCGUGACGGAGCUCACCGUAACGGAGAUCGUAACGGAGCAGCGUGAAAAAGAAGGUUACUCCGUGCAAGACGUAGCCCGGGAGCACUCGGCCAAGGUACUGCCCUCGCACACCCUCUCAUCGGUGACGGUGGAAGAGGUGCAGCCAGCGGACGUACUAGGGGAGGUAGUGCCGAGCGACGGUCAGCCCACAACGGCCAGUGUACGUCGGCCGGAGCACCUGGACGCACCGGCGACCUCCGAGCAGCUCAUCCUCGAGGGACUCGAACCGCUCGGGGCUGAGCCAGCGCCAUCGCACCAUUCAGCUACGUCCCAGCUGGAACCGCUCAGCAGCAGUGAGCUACAGGUAACGGAGGUGAUCACGGAGCAACGGGAACAGGAAGGAUUCGAUGUGCGUGAAAUCGCGAGCAACUACGUCGCGAAGGAAGUGCCCUCGCAUACGCUCCGUUCGGUGCUGAUCGAAGAAACACACCCAAUCGAUGACGUCAAGGAGUUCCUGGAGACGGCACCCAGCUCGUACGCCCGACCGUUGGCCGACGAGCCUCGGGAGGAGCGCAUCGUGGCUGAGACGGUCGUGAUGGAGUCGGAAACCACGCUGGAGCAACCGAACCGACCGGAGACACGGCACGCCGAGAAGGUGCUCCCGAGUCAGGCCGAACUACAGGUUACGGAGGUAGUCGCGGAGCAGCGGGAACGCGAGGGUUACAGUGUCGCAGACCUGCUCGAGCAGCAACUAGCCCGGCCCGUACCGGUGGAACCGAUGAAGUCGGUGAACGUACAAGAGGUAGUCACGUCGAGUACGGCGCCCAGUCUGGAAACGGAUCGCCCAACGUCUACGUCGGCCACGGUUCGCCAAGACGACGGCGGGUCGUCUCUCCCUGCGACCAUCUCAGAGCACGUGGUAUACGAGGGUCUGGAUCGGUGCGAGCUCCCGUCGGCACCCGACAGCAAGAUGGCCGCCCCGGUGAUGCAGCCCACGCAGCAGGAACUGAUCGUAACCGAGGUGCUACCGUGCGAGCAGCGAGAGUCGGAAGGUUUCGACGUCCAGCAGAUUGCCAGCGGCCACGCAGCUACCCGAGUGCCGGCGCACAUUCUGAAAUCGCUCGCAGUGGAACAAGUCCAGACGGCAGAGCAGCACGAGGAAAUGGCCACCGUGCCGGUGGUCGAGCAGGGACGUGCCUCGGUGAAUGAGGCCGAACUCGAGCAGACCACCGUCUCAGAGACGCUCGUCUACGAGCAGCUGUCAGAGAAGCAGGCGGUGAAACCGGACGAACGGCUAGCGAGCGUUGCCGUGCAACCGGCCCAAGAGCUCGCCAUCACCGAAGUGGUGACGGAGGAGCGCGAAACAGAGCAAGCUGCGCCGGCUGCACUGUCAACGCAGGAAGUGCGCUCAGUGACGGAACGGAUACUCCACAAAUCGGUUGAAGUACGUGAAGUGCAAACUACGGACGAUCUGACGGAGUUGGGACUCGAGCUACGCACGGUAACGGCCGCAUCACGGACCGAUCGGCUUCAGGAAACGGUCCACUCGGAAACUACCGUUCUGGAGGGUUUAACGGCACUCGCUGCCGAUAGCCACCCCGGGGCCAAACUGGCCACAUCCACCGUGCUACCGAUCGAUGAGCUCAGCGUGACGGAGGUAAUCACGGGACAGCGGGAACGCGACGCUGUGGACGAGCUGGCCAAAGACUUCAUCCAGACAUCGGCCCAGGCACUGCCGGGUACAACGCUGCGUAGCCUGCUGGUGUCCCAGGUCGAAGUAUCCCAGGACGCCGAGGUGUUACCAGUGACAGCGACCAGCACGUCGCAGACCGCGAACGCAGUCAAGGAACAGCACCCAGAGCCGGCCACCGUAUCGGAAACGUUCGUGUACGAAAACGUUGGCCCUCAGCAGGACCUACUGGCGGCGACACCCGAGACACACCGUGCUGCGACCAGCUUGGAUGCCGUUUCCGGCGUGACAAUAUCGGAAGUGGUGACCAGCCAGAGCGCAACGGAAGGCGUUACCAGUGUGGAGCUGGAACAGUUCCAGAAGGCGAAGCUCCUGGAGCGGAACGAUGUGAUGAAGUCGCUUACGGUCCAACAAAUCGAAGUACUGCAGAGUGCAACCGACGGUACCCCACUAGCUGCACCGUUCCCGAUCACGAAGGCCCUAGUCAAGAGUGAUACCGUCGACGAAACGACGGUCAUCGAAACGGUGACACUGGAGAGCGUCUCCGAGUAUCGUCGAAGCCCGGAAGUCGGGGAACAUGCGGCGAAAAGCGGAGACAAGCCACUCAUGCAACCGUUGCUCGUGGAGCAAGUGGAAACCGAAUUGAAAGCGGGACCCCUAGAGUUCGAACCAUCGAGACCUGCCGAAGCUAGCUUCGUUCCGGAGCAGCUGCUCCAGACCACGGUCCAAGAGACGACCGUCUACGAGGGAGCCGGAAAGCUGGCGGACGCUGCGCCUCUCGAGCCCAAAUAUCCCACGUUCGGUGUGCCCCAAGGGCUGCAGCUACCGGUCCAAACGGAGGUCAGUGUUUCGGACGGCACGUCGGAGAUAGCACCGCACGAGGAUCGGCUGACAGUCAGCGUUCAACCGACGCAACUGGAGAUGCUCCCUGCGGCGUUUACGACGGAAACUUUCGGUCAAGACUCGGUAGAACAGUUAGCUGGUGCCGCUGCGACUCUGCAGACGGCCCAGCGUACGGUGUCGAAGCUGAUUGCUUCGACCACCACCGAAACGGUGUUGGGUGAGGGGCUCGAUCGGGCCGACUUUAGCAUUGCGUCUGAGACUCAGUCUGCGUCUGUCAGGUUUACCGAUAUCACCGUCCCCGUGCAGUCCCAACUGCUGCCCUCCGACACGGCGCGCCCAUUCGCUGAGACCGCUCAGCCAAGUAAGUUCGCUUCCGCGCUGGUGGAAGAAGGUUUGAGGGCACCGGAAUGUCUAGAGGUAGCGAGUAGCGAGCUAAGCGACGUCGCUGUAAAUUUCGUUGCGCCGGGACGCCAGGCGUCCGUUUCGUUUAUCACUAACCAAACGGUCAAUGUUUCGGAAACGACUCUGGGCGAGUACGUGGAUCGGAUCGAGCUUGCGCAAGAACCCGAGCAGCGGUUCGCAAGGGUCACUCAAUCUACACUGCUCACGUACGGGGAAGAGUCCCACCCUGUGAUCGAGAAGGGCGCAACACCAUCAAUCGAAACAAUCGAACUACCAGAAGAGGUACGAAUCAUCGAAAAGCUCACCGAAGAAGGCAGGGCAAAGAAGCAAGUGAUCAAGAAACGCGUCAUCAAGAAGAAGUUCAACUACCUUGAAGAGACACCUACAGAGAUCGUACAAGAAGUCGUUACAAAACAUAAACCCAAGAAGCACCAGACACAAACACACAUCCAACCACAGCAGAUCACGGAUGAGUCGCCCGAACAGGGGGCCAACAUUCGUGCAGUGGAGGAACCAGUACACGCUCACACCUUAGUCUCGAAACGGGCCACAAGCAAACGGUCCAAAGUUAUCCAGGGGGUCACUGAAACUGUUGCCAUCGUGGAACAGGAGAGCGGCGAGCCACUCGAGGCGCACGAGCCGGAACCCGAACAGGCGAUCGUAAUAGAUGAGCAACCGGAAACGGUCACCGUGAAGGAAGUGCUGACGUCCGACGGGGCCAUCGGUAAGCAGGUUACCAAAAAGAAAAUCAUCAAGAAGAAGGUCGGCCAAAAGGAGGAACAGAUCGAGGUGGUCACCGUCCAGCAGGAUGACAUGCCGGCCGAAACCACGAUCACCGUCACCGAGGAGGAAACUCCUGUGUGUGCUACCACGGAGCCAAGCAAACCCAAGAAGAAGAAGGUUAAGACCAUCAAAACGAAGGACGACACGGACGACAUCAUCGAGCGGUUGCUCAACUUGGAGGUGAAAAAGACCGAACUGGAGCAGUACGAAAAGAUCGACGUUGACCUGCCCAAACGGGUGCGCCCGGUUGCGGUCGAAGAAACGACGAUCGAAGAGCACCCAGAAGUGAUGGAAGAAUGGCAAGUGGACGGUGGCGCUGUUAAGAAGCAGACCGUGAAGAAGAAGGUCACCAAGAAGCGGGUCGGCCCGCGAGAGGAGGUCACGGAAGAGGUAACCGUGCAGGAGGACGGCAAGCAGCCGGAAACAACGGUGACAGUCACAGAGCACCUGGUGCCGUACGAAGUGACGGAACCGUUCGAAGAGGAUUGGCAACCGGCCCAGGAAGCCGUGGUGGAAGAGUUUGCCAGACCAAUGGAAUUCACCACUACGAAGAUCACGAAGAAGAAAACAAAGAAGCUGACGUUCGUGGAACCCGCCGUGGUCGAAGAGAUCCCACGGGAUGAGGUGGUCGAGUUUGAGAGCAGAGUAGAGGAACCGUUGGUGGUGCAACCACUGAUCGAAGAGCUGCCGGAGCAGAUCGAAGUACUGGAGACAACCAGCAGCGAGGGCCGACCGAAGAAGCAGGUCACGAAGACGAAGGUAAUCAAAAAGAAGACGGCCGAUAAGGUCGAAGAGGUGACGAUCGUGACCGUCCAGGAGGACGGUAAGAUCCCGGAAACAACCGUUACCAUGACGGAGGAGGAACUCGCUCCGGAAGCGACACCGGACGACGCUACUCCGACCCCGGUCGCAGAGGUUAAACUCAGCAAGAAGAAGGUUAAGAAGGUAAUCAAAAAGAAGGGCGACGACACGGAUGACAUCAUCGAGAAGCUGCUGAAUCUGGAGGUCAAGAAAACGGAGCUCGAAAAGUACGAGCGAGUCGAUGUGGAGUUUAGGAAGAAAAUGAAACAACCGGAGGAGCUAGACGUGGAAGUGCUGCGUCCGGAGGUGGCCGAAAUAUCCGACAUCGAACCGGUGCAUGUUCCAAAGCGGAAGAAAAUUGUCAAGCCCAAAGCGGUCACUCCAGAAACGGUCGAAGAGUACUCGGCUCCGUCGGUACUCCAGCCAGCAAUGGACGAAGCGCCGCCACAGCCCGCGGUAGCACUAGAACCGUACGAACAGGUUCAAGAGUUCGACUUCGAAAUGCCACCGGAACAGGUACCACUGGUCGAAGAAAUGCCCGAAGAGAUCCAGGUGCGUGAAGUGGUCACCGCACGGGGAAAAACACGGCAGACGACCAAACGGCGGGCGGUAAAGAAAACGAUCGGCGACAAAGAGGAGCUGGUUGAGGUCGUAACCGUUCAGGAAGAGGAUCAGAAGCCUGAAACGACCAUUACCAUCACGGAGUCGGAGGUUCAGCUUCCGGAGCUGCCCGAAGUGGUUGCCGAGCCCGCCGAACUGCCCGGUAGCGAGCUCUCCGAAACGUCCAAACCGAAGGAGAAACCAAAGCUGCGAAAAAAGAAGGUCAAAACCAUCAAGACAACCGACGAGGUGGACGACAUCAUUGAGAAGCUACUCAAUUUGGAGGUGAAAAAGACCGAACUGGAGCGCUACGAGCGGGUCGAGGUGGAGCUCAAGAAACGUGCGAAGCAGGUGGUCGAGGAACUUAUUUACCAGCCCGAGGCUGCGAUGGCAGUACUGGAAACGCUCGAACAACCGGCCCCGUCCACGGUACGCCGAACAUCCGUCAAGGAGUUGCCGAAGGAACCGGAAGAAGGCAAGAAAAUCGUAAAGAAACCGAAGCCAUCGAAAGAACCUCAGCCGGCGGACCAACCGGUGACCGAAGAGGAUCUUCCAGCAGGGAUUCUGCACGGUACGGAAGAGGUCACCACCGUUGAGGAACUCGAACCAGCAUCCCAACAACCGGAGGAGCCCGAUGCUGUUCCGGUGAAAACUAUUAAACGAAAGGUGACCAAAAAGCCCAAACCGAGCCCGGAAGAAGAGGAACAACCACAGCCGACAGGCUCCCCGGUGCAAGAGGCCGUGACCGAAGCGGACGCUGUCAUUCCGGAAACGGUCGAAACGUUUAAGCUUCCCGAGCUCACGGAGGAAGGUGUCGUGCGCGAGGUGAUCGUACCGGAAGCGCAGGCUCAGGAGGCCCUUGUCGAGGAUUACACUACCGAGCCGUUCCUGACGUACGAAGAAACGUCACUAAAGAGAAAACCGUCAGCAGUGGAGGCUCCCGACACGGCUGACCAUGAUGCACCGAAGAAGGUCGAGAAGAAGGUGCUGAAGAAAAAGCCCAAGCCCAAACCGGUGAAGCCCGAAGAGGACGAGCAGUUGCAGCGGCUGCUGAACCUGGAGGUGGAAAAGACACAGCUCGAGCAGUACGAAAAGGUCGAGUUGGAGAGCAAACCGAAACCGGAACGGCCCAAACCGGUGCUGGAACCGCAGCGCAUCGAACGGCGCGAACAGAAGCCGCAGAAGCUCAAGAUAUCCGAACCGGAAGAGCAACCGCAGAUGGUGCGCCUGCGAAAGGUCAAGGUACCGGAGCGCCGGGAGGCCGAGGAAGUGGUCGUACCGAAGGUGCUGCUCAAGAGCCGCAUGCUGACGGUCGAGUAUCCACCGGCGAGCCUCCAACCAACCGUUACCGAUUUGUCCGCGGUAAGGGCUGUCGGCGAAAUGUCCCGAAUCGAAGAAGACGAGUCCGAGGUGCGGCUCAAGAAGUUGAAGAAAAUCAAAACCACCCGUGGCAAAAAGGUCGAGCUGGAGACGGUGGAUACGGGUGCGUUCGAAGAGGAUCGCCCGGAGAAAGAGGAGUUCGAUCAGGAGGCACACAAAUACCAACGGAAGCCGAAACAACCGGACGGUGAGCAGCCAGACGAGAGAACGCUGAAGUUGGGCAAGGGCAAGCUCAAGCAGGACACGGACGAGCCGGAGGUCGUGAAGCUGAAGAAAACCCCCAAGAAACCGGCAGAACCGGAAGAGGCAGAGCAGAAGCCGGCCAGGAAGGCACAACAGAAACCCCAGGAACUGGAAACCGAGGACAGUCAGCGGCACGUCGAAAAGCCCGUCUUCAAGCCGGUCGACAUUCCGGACUACUCGAUCGAUCGGGAGGAGUACGAGCCACCGGAACCACCGGCGGAACACCCAGAAGUGGAGGUCGUCAAGAAGCCGAAAACCAAGAAAAAACCCAAGAUCCCGGAGGUCGAGCAGGACGAACCGCGUAAGCUGGUCAUGGGCAAAGGUAAGCCAGCUCCCGACGUUCCCGAAGAGGACGUCAAGUUUAGAAUCCCGGUCGCGGAGAAGCCCGAUGACGAGCCGACCGACAUUAAGUUGAAGCCGUUCGAACGGCCUCCUUCGGACGAGGAGAAACCGAAACGUGACCGUGACCGCGAGAUGGCGCUACCGGUCGAGACGGUUAAACCACAGGAACCGGAAACGGAACUCCCGGCGGAACCGACGAAGGUGAUCAAGAAAGUGAUCAAGAAAACAAAACCAAAGCAAAAGCCCGGUGAUGCGGACGAGACACCAACGGAACUGGAUGCGGAGCCCGGCGUUCCGGAAAUCGCAGAAACUGUUCCGGAUGUCGUACAUGCGGUCCUUCCGGAGACGGUGCCCGAAGAAGAGUUCCAGAGGGCCGAAGAACUACCGAUUGCGCCGGCACCGCAAACCGAUGUCGUGGUGGAGCAGCUCCCGGAAGAGGUGCAGGUGACGCAGGUUACGACCGAGUCCGGUGCCAUCGAGCAAACGACGGUGGUGAAGCGGCGUGUAAUCCGGAAGAAGAAACCGGACGAUACGGCUUCCGAGACGACCCAGAUCGAGGUGGUCACCGUCCAGACGGGUGACGAGCUUCCCGAGGCAACAGUUACAGUGACGACAACCACCGAAGUGGCCCCGGACGAGACUGUGCCGGCAACGGAGCCGGCGACGCCGGUGGUGGCCAAAAAGCGAACGGUGGUGCGCCUGAAGAAGUCGGCCAAGCCGGACACGCUGCAGGCGGACAUUGAUCGGCUGCUGAGCCAGGAGAUCACCAAAACCGAGCUGGAGGUCUACGAACCCUCCGAGUACGAGCCGUCGAAGAGGUCCAAAGACCAACCGGACGAGCAGGUGCCGGUGCCGGAAGAGCCGGUGCCGGAGGUGCAGCCGGUGCAGCAGCAGGAGCCUGUCCGGCCAAAGACCAAAGCUAAGAAACAACACCCAGUUACAUCACAAGAAACGAUCACAGAACCAUUCGCCCCACUCGCACCGGAACAGACACUCGACACUACACACACUCCACAGGCCCGGGAGUCCUCACGUGCCACGACGGUUGAUCUGCAGGAGGACACGUUCGUGACGAACGAGUUCGUCGAAACCGCGCCGCUGAGCGAUGUGGUGCAACCGGUCGACAUAGCGGAGGCUCCGUCGGAAACGCUCGCCGUAACGGCGAAACCGCAGCUAACGGCAGCACCCGUGGAGGAGUUUGCAGAGGUACCGGAGGAGCAGACGGGAGAUGCGGUAGCGGCCGUGCAGCCCGAGGAACUGCAAGCGACCGCGCUGGACAUCACAUCGGCCGUAACGGAGACACCAACCGUGAGUAAACCGCUGCUUGAGGCAGCCCCCGUAGAGGGCCACUACGAUCAGCUGGAGGAGGAAGCCGACACCGUCCCGUCACUGUCGCUGGACACCGUCCAGGUGGCUCCGACCGACGUGUCGGACGGUGCGAACGAGCGACCGAGCGUGCAGGGUAAGCCGCUGCUCGAGGCAGCCCCGGUGCAGGAUCAGUGGGACGUAUCCGUCGAGGAGGCCGACACCGUGGCGUCGGUUUCGCUCAACGAGGAACAUCUGGCGCCGGUAGAGGUAGCGGCCGUGGCCACCGAAGUGUCGGCCGUGGAGCUACAGCCAACGGUGGCGACGGCACCGGCCGAGAAGCCCAAGAAAAAGGUGACGGUGGUGAAGAAGAAGAAGGCCAGCAUCGAUGACGAUGCGGAACUGCAGCGGCUACUGAACCUGGAGGUGGAGAAGACGGAGCUGGAGCAGUACGAGCGGGUCGACGUGGACGCCAAGCCGAAGGUUAAACCGGAGACGGGUGAGAUUGCUAAGCUAGAACCGAUUAGGAUCGAACGCAAGGAACAGAAACCGACCAAACUCGAAGUCACUGACACACAAGCACCACAGACAGUUAAACUGCGCCGGACGGUCGUGCCGGAGCGGCCCGACGUGCCGGAGGUGACCGUGCCGAAGGUGCUGCUCAAGAGCCGCAUCGAGCACGUCGAGCUGUCGGUGGCCGGGCAGCAACCGCAGGUGGUGCAGCUGGACACGAGACCGGGCGUAGGAGUGUUGUCGCGCAUCGAAGAGGACGAGCGUGAGCGCACCAAAAAGAUCGUCAAGAAGGUGAAGGUGCUCAAGAAGGAAAAACCGGAGCUGGAGACGCUGGACAUCGAGCCGUACGAGAAGGAACCGAAACCGGACGAGCCGGCCGAGGACGACAAAGCAAAGUACCAGCGCCAAGUGAAGGAGCCGGCACCGAAAGAUGAACCGGAGCAGCGCGCGCUUCAGCUCGGCAAGGGUAAGCUUAAACCGGAACAGGACGACCACGAAGAGGUGAAGCUGAAGAAGACGCCCACGAAACCGAAAGAAGAGUCGGUUGAGGAGGCGAAGCCCAAGAAGAAGGUACAGGAAACGCCCAAGCAAGAGGAUGUCGAGGGCAAGAAACGACACGUCGAGAAGCCCACGUUUACGCCGACCGACAUACCCGACUACGAGACGCCACUGGAACCGUACGUUAAACCGGAACCGGAACCGGUCGAGAAGCCGGUUGAGCAGCCGGAACCGUCGAGGCCUACGAAGGAACCGAAAGUCCCGCAGGUACCGGAGGAGCCCGAACACAAGAUUGUGCUUGGCAAGGGCAAGAAACCGGAACCGGAGCCGGAAGAUGAGUUUAAGUUCCGUAAGCCGACGCCGGGGAAACCGGAAGAGGAGAAGGAUGAAAUUAAGCUGAAACCGUUCACGAAACCAACACCCGAGCCCGAACCGAGGGAGCGUGAUGGCGACCGUGACAUGGCGCUGCCAGCACCGAAAGACACACCGGACGAGGCAGACCAAGAAAAGACUGCCAAGAAGGUGGUCAAGAAAACGGUGAUCAAGAAACCUCGGGCACCGGCACAGGAAGAAGAGCCCGUCCCGGAGUCCGUUCCUGAGACUCCGGUGGAGGUACCUGCGGAGAUACCCGCGGAAGCCGCUCCUGAACCGAAGAAAGAAGCUGAAAAACCGAAACCGUCGGUACUGGCGAAGGUCGAACAGCCAACGGAGAAGGUUCUACCUCGACCGGCCGAAGACCACACGGAGGAACUGGUGGUUCCGCAAGCACCGCAGGCUGAGGUGCCUACCGAAGUGCAAGCGGAGCCCGCUCUGGCGGAGGCCGCCGUUGAGAAGCCGGCUGAGGUCCUGGAGUCCGUAGAAAAAGAGAAGACCACUGUGGUCAAGAAGAAGGUGGUGAAAAAGCCGAAAAAGAAACCGGACGAAGAUGCGGAGCUCGAGCGGCUGCUGAACCUGGAGGUCGAAAAGACCGAGCUGGAGCAGUACGAGAAGGUAGAUCUCGAACCGAAGGAGAAACCGAAACCGGAACCUCAACAACCGGUGGCGGUGGCAGAGAAGGCUCCGAUCGAGCCAGUACCGGUGGUUGUGCCGGAACCGAAGCCAGUUUCCAAGGCCCAGCUCGUCGAAGAGGUGUUGGAACCGCAGGAAACGACCGAGACUAUCGAAGCACCGGUCCGCCCAGUGCCAACCGAAGCGCAGCCCAUCGCCAUCCCGGAAGAGGUGUGCGGCGCUGCCCAGGAAGCACCGGCCGUGGUGGUCCACAAAGACGAACCGAAGGACACUGUGACGGUCCCGGUUCCAGUCGUGGAGCCCACCCCGGUCGAGGUGGACCAAGAAAAGAAGGUGAGCAAGAAGAAGGUGGUGCCCAAGAAACCGAAGAAAGCUUCGGUCGACGAGGACGAGCAACUCCAACGGUUGUUGAACCUGGAGAUCGAAAAGACCGAGCUCGAACGGUACGAAAAGGUGGACGUGGAAAUCAAGAAACCGGAAAAGACGGUGGAAUCGGUCGAGGUACGGCGCCCCUCGCAGGUGGCCCAGGUAGAGGAACCGACCCCGGUAGAGGUAACGCUCCGGCCGAAGAAGCCGGCACCGAAACCGGUCGAGCCGGAGCCAGUGGAGGCUGAGUUUAAGAUUACGAAGAAGCCGCGUCUACCCGAGGCACCACAGCAGGUCGAGGAGCAGAUCACGCUCAGGCCGGCCCCGCAGACGGCAGAGGAAACGGUCAGUGUGGAGCGUAUCAUCAAGAUCGAGGUGGAGCAACCGGACAAACCGCUGAUCGAAGAGGUCGAAGAGGACUACGAAGAGGACGUCGGAACGGUGGAGCCGGUGGUUGAAGAACCGAUCGACGUUGUGCCCGUAGUGACGGAGGAAGAGGUUGUCCCGGUGCAGCCCCUGCUGGUGGAGGAAGUACACGAUGUGCAACCGAUCGUAGAGGACGCCAUCAUUGAGGUGCCCUCCGAGGAGGCUGCCACCGUCGUGGAGUCGGUUCCGAUCGAAGCGAUCGUAGAAGAGGCACAGGAGCCACCGAAGGAAGCUCCGAAAGUUUCGGUACCGGAACAGAAACCGACAGUGGUCGAACCGGAGAAGCCCAAGGCCGAGAAGCCCAAGAAAAAGGUGACGGUGGUGAAGAAGAAGAAGGCCAGCAUCGAUGACGAUUCGGAACUGCAGCGGCUGCUGAACCUGGAGAUCGAAAAGACCGAGCUGGAGCAGUACGAACGGGUCGACGUGGAUCUCAAGAAGCGCGAAAAGAUGCAGAUCGAACAGCAGCCGAGCGCACAGCAGGCGGUUGAGUCCACCGUCGAGCCGGAAGAGAGCGCUCAGGUGAAGUUGCCGGCGCGCAAAAAGAGCACCCCGAAGGUCGAACCGAUCGAGGAAACCGAAGUGGAGGUUAGGCUCAAGCCCAAGAAACAGCCGGAGGUACCCGAGGUUCAGGAGGCAACGGUUUCGCUCCGGAAACCGAAGAAACCGUCACCGGUGGUGGUGGAAGAAACGGCUACGGAAGAGAUCGUCCUGCUCAAACCAUCGAUCGUCCCGACCAAGCCCGACGAGGUCGAGGAAGUGGAGGAGCUGGUGAAACUGAAAGCCAAACCGGCCCCGUACACGACGGACGAGGCCGAAGCCUCGCUCGAAAUUGUGCGGGAGGUGGAACAGCCUGCCGCUGAGCCUGCCACUGAGCCUGCCGAACCGGCUGUCGUGGCACCGGUGGAAGCACCGGUACCGAAGGCCGAACCGGAGGUGAAGAAACCGAAAAAGAAGGUGGUGCCGAAGAAGAAAAAGGAGGACGAUAUCGAUGAGGUUACCCGGAAGCUGCUCGAAAUGGACGUGCCCAAGACGGAGCUGGAGAAGUACGAAAAGGUGGACCUGGAUCUCCCCAAGAAGCCGAAGGAGGAGACGCUGGAAGAGGUAACGAUGGUGAAGCGCAAACCGAAACCGAAGCCAUCGGUGGACGAGGAGGAAGAGGUCGAGGCGAAACUGGCUCUGCCGCGCAAGAAGCCUUCCGUGGUGGAACCGGAAGAGGCCGAAGCCACGUUUAAGGUGGCGAGAAAGCCGUCGGUUGAACCGCAGCCACCGGAGGACGUGGAAGCGUCGCUCACGAUCACCCAGGAGCAGGAACAGCCUCCGGAGGAGGUGAUCACCGAGCACGUGGUGGUGCGGAAGCAGCGCCCCCGGCCCAAGCCGGCCUUCCGCCGGGAAGUGCUCGACGAGGAGGAGGUGCGGAUCAAGAAGAUCAAGAAGGUGCGCCAGCCGCGCCCCGUGUUCAAGGACAUCGAGCCGGAGAACGUGACGUUCCAGCCGCGCCGCACCAAGCACAUCGAGGACAUCGAGCAGGAGUUCAAGAUACAGCUCGAUUCCUACGCCCGCGAAGAGAUCUCGAUGUCCGGCCGGGUGAAGCUGCCCGCCCCGUACAGCUACGGCGAGGAGACGGGCGAGGCGCACAUCACGAUCGUGAAGCAGGUCGACGAGGACGACGAGGUGGUGUACGAGGUGAUCUACGACGAUAGCGAGCAGGACGCGCCCGACGAUGACGACGACUACUACCGGUACGCGGACGAGGACACCGAGAACGUGGUCCUGGAGCUGCGCAAGCGUCGCGAAAAGCUCGAAAGCCUGAUCAUGCACCACGAGGAGGAAAUCACUCUCGAUCUCACGCACCAACGCAACAGACUACAACAGUUCACCACCACCACACACGAAGAAGAAUCAUUCACACUGAAACAGCCCAAGAAAGUCCUACCGACAUACUCUGAAGAAACCGCCUCGCUGAAAAUCGUCCGUGAAGAAGAUGCCAACGACAUGUACUGCAUUCAGGCGGUGGAGGCCGAAAAUGAGGAAGCCCUGCACAUCGUCGAAGGAGAGAAGGUCUACGUGAUAGAGCACAGUAACUCCGAGUGGUGGUACGUGAAGCGCUCGUGGUCCGAGGAGCGCGGGUUCGUGCGCCGUGAGCAUCUGAUGGACGCCGUCACCUAUCCGCAGUACGUGCAGAAGACGCUGAACGAAAAGAUCGACAAGCUGCCGGUCUUCGAGAAGCCGGCUCCGGACGAGCGACGCCCUCUGGCGCCCAAGAUCGUCGAGAAGCUGCAGCCGAUCACGACCCAGGACGGGUACACGGUGCAGUUCGAGUGCAAGGUGGACGGGUUCCCGCGUCCCUCGAUCACCUGGUUCCGGCAGACGGCCAUUAUCAAGCCGUCGCAGGACUUCCAGAUCUACUACGACGAUGACAACGUGGCGACGCUCAUCAUUCGCGAGGUGUUCCCCGAGGACGCGGGCACGUUCACGUGCGUGGCGAAGAACGUGGCCGGGUUUGCAUCGAGCGCGACGGAGCUCGUCGUUGACUCGGUCUCGUCCGACCACGGCUCGGAUGUGGCGACGCUCUCGCGCAAAAGCAUGUCCCGUGAGUCGUCACUGGCGGACAUCCUCGAGGGCAUCCCUCCGACUUUCUCGCGCAAACCGAAGGCACAGUACGUUGACGCCGGCACGGAUGUGUUGCUCGAGUGCCGGCUGGUGGCCGUACCGGAACCGGACAUACUCUGGUACUACAACGGGGUGGAGAUCGCCACCAAGGACAACGUGCAGGUGGCCGUCGAGUCGGACAUGCACAUGUACUGCACGGUGGUCCACAUCAAGGCCAUCGACAAGGGACAGGAGGGCUCGUACCAGGUGGUGGCCCGUAACCGCGAAGGUGAAUCGACCCUGGACAUUACGGUGAAGGUGAAGACCGGCGUGCAGGAGCCACCGCAGAUCCUGGAGCCGCUCAAGAGCAUGAGCAUCCGCCAGGGUGAGACGGUCGUGCUGUCGACGCAGAUCGUGGGCAAUCCGACCCCGGAGGUGCAGUGGUUUAAGAACGGGGUGGCACUGGACGGUGCGGUGACGCAUGUCGACCACAACAUGUACACCGUCACGCUGGUGGCCCCGUCGCAGGAUAACGCCGGCGAGUACACGGUGCGGGCCAAGAACUCGGCCGGUAGCGUCGAAACGGUUGCGUUCCUGACGGUCGACGAAUCGAACGUUGGCAACCCGCAGGUACCGCUGUUCCUGGAGCGUUUCGAAGAGCAAAACGUAGCGCAGGGAGCCACGAUUAAGCUGCCGGCAAAGGUGACCGGUAAUCCGGUGCCGGAGAUUCUCUGGCUGCGCAACAACAACACGCUGCUGCCGUCGAAACGCGUCAAACAGGCGUACGAUGGGGAAAACAUUGAGCUGCUGAUCCAGCAGGCCGACUCGGAACAGGACUCGGGCAACUACAAGUGCAUCGCGUCCAACACGAUCGGUAAGGCUUCGCACGGGGCCCGCGUUACGGUCGAGGUGGACAAGGUAACGUUCACGAAGAAGCUCAAGAAGACGGUCACCGUGGAGGAGAGCAAAGCGGUAACGCUGGAGUGCGAGACUUCGCACACCGUGUCGACGAAGUGGUUCCACAACGAGCGCGAACUGAGCGGCAUGGACCACCGGAUGAUCGUGCAGGAGGGUAAGGUGCACAAGCUGAGCAUCAAGAACCCGAUCGUCAACGAUACGGGCGUGUAUCGGUGCACGGUGAAGGGACAGGUCACCGAGUGCCAUCUGACGGUGAUCGAGGCGAAGCCCGAGUUCCUGCGCCGGCUGGACGACGUGGAGACGAAAGAGAAAGAGAACGCCGUGCUGGAGGUGGAGAUCACGUCCGAAACGGCGGACGUCACCUGGUACAAGGAGGGUCGCAAGAUCGUCGAGACGACGGGCAAGUACGAGUUCAGCAAGAAGGGCAAAACGCGUGCCCUGUACGUGCGUAACACGUCCGUGCACGACGAAGGCGAAUACACGUGCGCCCUGGCCGACCAGGAGUGUUCGGCCGAGGUGUCGGUGAUCGAGCUACCGCCGGAGAUCAUCAGUCCCCCGCGCGAUGUGACGGUGGCCCGGGGCGAGGACGCCACGUUCGAGCUGGAGCUGACCAAGGGUGACGCGCUGGUGCGCUGGUAUCGCAACGCCGACGAACUGUCGUUCAACGGUCACUUCCAGCUGUCGAUCGACGGGAAGCGGCAGACGCUCAAGGUCAACCGGACCGUCGACGAGGACGCGGGCGAGUACACGUGCGUGGUCGGGGAGCAACGGGCCAAGGCCCGGCUGACGGUUGAGAAACCGGUCGUCGACUUUGUCAAACGGUUGCCGGAGGUGACGCUCGCCACGCGGGACAACGAUGCCGUGUUUACGGUGGAACUGUCCGAAUCGGCCGACGUGGUGUGGUACCGCAACAGCAAGAUCAUCGCCACGUCCAGCAGCAAGUACGAGCUGAUCGCCGAGAAGUGCGUCCGCAAGUUGAUCGUCAAGAACGUGUCCGAGGAGGAGGAGGACGAGUACACGUGCACGGUGUCGAACGCGAAAACCUCGUCGAAGCUUCGGGUCGAGAUCAUCAAGGUGGCUCCGACGAUCUUCGAAGAGGGACCGAAAACAUUCACCAUUCGCAAGGACGACGACAUUACGUUCCAUGUGAAGUUUAAUGCCACGCCGAAACCGGAGGCCGAAUGGUGCGUCAACAAGCGCAUCAUCAUCCCAUCGCCGGCAAAGUUUAUCUCGACGGUAACGGAUGAAACGGCCAGCUUGACCAUCAAGCGGGCGGCCGAAGUGGACGCCGGAGAAUUCACGCUCAAGCUCUCCAACGAGUGCGGUGAUGCAAGCACCUCCUUUACGCUGAUCAUUAAAAAACAACCGGGAGCUCCGGAAGCCCCGGAAGCGACACUCAUCACGGACGACUCGAUCACACUGUUCUGGAAGGCUCCGGCUGAUGAUGGCCAUAGCCCCAUCACGGAGUACGUGCUCGAGUACCAGGAGAAGGGUGCCAAAAAAUGGACCGAGGUCACAUCGAUCAAGGAGACUACGACUACCGUCACGCGACUAACGAAGAACUCCGAGUACACAUUCCGUGCGACGGCUGUCAACGAGGUGGGCAAGGGACCGGCAUCGCCAAACUCGCCCUACUACAAGAUCGUGGCUCCGAUCAAAAAGGAAGCUCCGGUCGUGAGCGAACCCCUGAAAGACGUUCACGUUGGGCUCGGUCAAUCGGUAACGCUGAGCUGUAUCGUGACUGGCGUCCCGGUACCGGAAGUCGCCUGGUUCCGCAACGGACAAUCGAUCCGACAGGACGUGUCGUACGAGAACGGUGUGGCCAGGUGUGUGAUCAAGUCCACCACGGUUGACAGUGGUGCCAGCUACGUUUGCAAGGCCUCGAACGAGAUGGGCAGCGUAGAGAGCAGCUGCCAGGUGAUCAUCGAAGAGAAACCCACACUGACGGUGGAGAAGAAGCAAAUCGUGCAGAAGCUGCGCGUUGGCGAUGAGUGGAAGGUGGUGGCCGAAUUUACCGGCUACCCGGCCCCCGAGAUUGUCUGGUUGCGCGAGGAAGAGACCCUCGUUUCGAGUGCCGAGCGCACGAUCGUAACGGUGGGUCAAUCGUCGACGAUCGUUAUCUCGUCGCUGGAUCGGGCCGACACCGCCAAGUACACGGUCGAGGCACGCAACUCGGCCGGUUCUGCCACGGUCGAUCUGACGCUCAAGGUGAUCGACAAACCGAGCAAACCGGAGGGUCCCAUCGUCGUGCGGGAAAUGAGCCCCGAGGCGGUGGUAAUCGAGUGGAAACCCCCGUCGGAUGACGGCGGCCUGGAGAUCUCGCAGUUCACGAUCGAGAAGUGUGACGACGCCAACAAGAACGCCUGGAUCAAGGUGGCCGAGGUGCAGCGCAAUAUCCGGUCGUACUGCAUCCAGAAGCUAAUCGAUAGCACCCAGUACCACUUCCGUGUGAUCGCCCAGAACCCGGUCGGCUGCUCCGAGCCGCUGGAAAGCGCCACGGUGAAGAUCCAGCAAACGGUCGAGGCACCAUCGCCACCGCGCGGUCCAAUCGAAACGUCCGGCAUGACGAGCAGCUCGUUCACGCUGAUGUGGCAACCGUCGGAGUCGAACGGUGGCAGCAAGAUAACCGAGUACAUCGUCGAGGUGAAGGAAGCGAAGAAGAAGGUGUGGAAGGUGGUGGGUACUACCUCUGCCACGGAAACGUCGUUGCUGAUCGAGAAUCUGGCAUUGAACAAAGCAUACGACUUUAAGAUCUCCGCCAAGAACAAGGUGGGCACUAGUAUGCCGCUCCAGACAGUGGAGUCCAUCGUCGCUGGAAAGGAAAUCACACCUCCGUCGGCGCCACGAAAUCUGCGCAUUUUGAAUGUGACCAGCAAGAGCGUGAAGCUCGAGUGGCAACAGCCGGAAACGAACGGAGGGUCGGACGUCACGGGGUACAUUAUCGAGAAGCGGCUGACCACAGCCCAGCAGUGGACCAAGAUCAAGACGCUCGAGUCCAACUGCUUGUCGUACUGUGUCGACAAUAUGAAGGAAAAGUCGGAGCUGGUGUUCCGGAUAUUUGCCGAAAACGCUGUGGGGCUCAGUACACCCACGGUGUCGGAAAGCGUCGUGCUCAAAUCACAUGCCACCGUUCCUUCCCCGCCGACUGGACCGCUGGAGAUCCGCUACCUCGGACCGAACAUCAACAUUGUCGAAUGGGGGAUUCCAGAGUCGGACGGUGGGGCACCGCUCGAGGGCUACAACAUUGCGAUCCGCAACGCGAAGAAAACGAUGUGGAUGGAGGUUGGCCGGGUGGCGGCCGAUUGCCAGUCGUUCAACAUCAAGGACCUGCAGGAGAGUGAGGACUAUUUGAUCCGCAUCAUGGCCCGCAACGAGGUCGGUAUCAGUGAUCCGUUGGAAUCGGACGAACCUUACACCGUACAGCUGGGAGCCGCCCCGGAAGACACUCACGACGAGACAACGCGAGACUUCUCGGAGCCGACCGGCACGAACACGUCGUCCUGGUUGCGUGAACACAACAUGACGGCUGACAUCAACAGCUACGCCCGUCACAAGCUGCUGCGGCGAAGCGAGUACUUCUUCAAGCUGUGGGCCAACGCGAAGAACCUCUUCAAGUGAGCCGGCAUCUCGGCGUAAUCGUCGUCAGAAGGAACGAUUGUAAUUCAUCAGAAACUAUCCAACCAAUCCCAGUGUGUUCCAUACGUGUAGUGAAUCUGUGGCCGGUGGUGGCCUCCAAUUCAAUCGCUGUUGCCGCCGCCGCCGCCGCCGCCGCCGCCGCCGCCGCCGCCGCCACCACCGCUGCUGUUGUGUAUGUAAAUGUUGCUUAACUAAUGUUGUCUAUAUCGGAGCGCUCUCGCAAAUCAGAUAGAGGCCGGAGCUGAGAUAACACCCAACGCUAGCGAAUCGAGAGGAAAUUGCAAACAAGACCAGACCAAGAACCAGAAACCGAAUCCGCAUGGAACUGUGAUAAAAGAGUCCUUCAUACCAAGGAAGACCGAUGCAUGACCGAUGAAGAUCGAAUCAAACGGGAUUUAUUGAGGAAGCGAGCGUGAAGAGCGAGAGUGAAAAAGGGAGUAAGAGAGAUCUAUAGGGUAAUUGUAUUUAAUUUAUUCGAUCAACCGCUGACACUGACCAGCAACGACUCGCAGCCACCACGACAGGGCUACCGUGGACCAGUCUGUGGUCUGGUAGCCCGGCUGCGUUUGACUCUAGCAACUUUCUGAUAGCGUAGAGGCAAUGCUUUGGUGUACCAAAACAGGCCGUAACCGAGCAACGGUUCCACACGGGGCUUCCACACAGCACCCUCCGGUGUCCGAAGGGGGAAAACAUUGGUGCGAAUGUUGUCUCUUUUCGGACCCACAGCUGAAUGCUCGCCCUCGUGUAACCCUGCGGGCCGAAUGUGUAGUUUUGACCCGUUGCCUACUAUUUACUAUUUAUACUCUAGUCGAAAUUUGUUUGGCCGAACUCGUUGUGGUUCCUACGUUUUUUUUUUCUUAAAUCAAUCUUUAAUUAUCUAUAUCGCCUAACACAAAGCGCGAUUGAAUAUAGGCUAAGAGAAGCAAAGAGAGAGAGAUGUUGUUGAAGAGAAAAAGUCGAAUCAAGCGUUCUAGCAAUCUUUUCCUGUUCUGUUGUACUCUUUGUUACUACUUUUAGUUGUGCGAAAAAAACGAGCACACGCUGCUUAAUUUAUAACGAUUUAAAACAAAAACUGUGUGUACCGAAACCAAAAUAAAAUCCAUCAAC